AUGGCGGAUCAUGAGGAGCAGUUAUCGGAUGAGGCGAAGGUAAGAUGUCGUUUUUAUCUGCCGUUGAUUGUGUUGGAGGAUAUAUGGUAUCUUUAGGGUUGUAUGUGCGUCUGUCUAUUCAUAUGAGUAUGCUUUUAUUUAAGCUACUGUGCAUAAAUGCUGGAUAAACAAACCGCGAUUCUCGCUCGGCCAACGUUAGUCUAGCUAUUAUUUUUAGCUCGGCAGCCUCUGGCCAACUUCCGCUCCUUUACGAAUCUCAAAUGGAGACUCCUUGUACGGUCCUAACUCUAAAAUAGGAACCGUGCAGCAUAUAACAAAUAAACAAAAGUUAACCUCUCACCCUCCUAAUCGAAAACCUUGUAAUCAACGUUGUGCUUUCAUUUUAAUUUGUCUCUGUAUCGCUUUGUGAUCAUGUCUUGAACUUCUCACGAAUGAGCAGCUAACGUUAGCUAAGAUAGCAACCUACACCCCCUGUUAACGCUCUUUGCACAAUGAAUGCUGAUAAUGUGCAAUUUACUGCCGUUUGUGUGUGACGGAUAUGACUGUAGUGUUGAAUCUCGGAUUUAAAUAUAGGUCCAACUGGCUAGUAUGAUGAUCGCCAGAAGAUAUCUAACCUACCAUCACGCUUGUUUACACUGAGCUGCACUGGGUUCUGAACGCAAUCAUGGUUGUGGCAGAGAUCCUUUUAACACACAAAUUCGGAUAGCCAGGCUUGCUUCGCCCUCAUGUUGGUGUAAGCAGUCUAGGUAGUGCUAGGUAUCAACAGCCAAUCCAGUAUGGGCUGGAAACGACAGUAUAGUGAGCUUCGAUUGGUCAAUCACAAUGCGAUGUUACAGAGUAUUUGAAUCAAGUUCACCUUAUUCCAACUUUGGUCCUGCCCUGUUCACGUCCCUCGCCCAUGCUCACAUCGCCCAAUGGUCCCCCUGCCCACUUUGCUUCCUUAAUUGAAAAUGGGCUUCCUUUGUUUCAUCUCCCCAAUGUGCUAUGUGGAUCUCCUGUGUUACAUUUAAGACACCAUGGAGCCGGCACGAGAUAUAGGUUGGGAAACGUACCUCUAGUACUGCUAGUUUGGCUGCGGUGACGACUGCUAGCUAGCAUGAGGACGAAAAGGGCCGUUUUCUGGGAAAACUAGCAGUAUUUAAAUCAUCUCAAUAAAGGUACAAUUUGGAGUACAGUGGCAUGUCCGUAGCUGCCAAGAUGUUUUUCCUUCAACUACCCUUUGGGUGCAGGCCUGCCAACUUCCCUGUUACGGCAUUACAGUCUGUUUACAGUCUGUUUACUCUCCACUUGAGAGAUGCUGAAUUUACAGAACCUAACCUCUGUAGCUUAACACUGCCAGAUACAUAGUUGCAUACAUGUCGUCUUUUGAAAUGCCAGUUUGUGUUGAUGUACCCAAGUGAGGGUUGAACUUGACCGACGUGCCAGAGCGUACCAUGGAAAAGCCUAAGAGACAGUGCAGUGGUUCCUCCUUCAGAGCCCAGACAUUGCAAGAAUAUGGCCUAGCCUAAUGGCAUAGAAGGCUUUCAGGUGUAGCCUACUGAAUGUACUAGGCCUAUGCAUGCCUAGUUCAUUGAAUGGGCUAAAGCACAUUGGCUGUAGAUGGGUUGAUAGGGGAAUUAAAGUGCAGCCUCGCAGAUCCAGGAUAGCAAUCAAUUUACAAACCUCAGAAAUUCCGCAGCCCAGCCCCAAGGCUGUCUGUCUGGUGUUGCCCUCCCACACUCCUGUAUCACUAUCUGCUCCACCCUGACUUAUAAUGACUGUUUUAAGCCUCAGCCAUUUAACAUGGCUUACGUUGAAACUAUGAACAGCUAGUGUUUGGGUGUUAGUCGUGUGGUCUAUGUAAUCUGAUACUUUUUACUGGAGGAAUGUUGUUAUUCUCUAAUUCACAAACCAUAGAUACCAUGGCUGGACAAAUAGCCACACAGAAAACACUUUUUUUUUUAUUGGGCUUCUACCUUUUGAAGUCUCAUCAUGAUCUCUGUAGGGGAGGUCGAGGCCUAUGUAACGGCGUUAAUAACGGGCCGUAAAAUCACUCCACAGCUAGCUUGUAUGGCUCAAUCGGUUUGAACGUUAUCAAGGAGGGUGGUCACGUGUUGCGAAACAGAGGAUCACUGGAUGAGCCCAGUAUGGGGCAGUCGGACAGUAGAGGAAGCUAAGCUGUUAACAGCACACUUAGCCCCUUUAAUGUUAGAGUUGCAACUAUGAACCGAAAAUUACAGACACCGGCAUUGCCUCCCUCUUACUGAAGCAUUUUGCGUACGUCAGUAAUUUUCUGUGAUUUUGCUACACAACGUUCCUGUAGAUUGUUCUAAAACCAACAGUAAUAACCUAUGCAUUAUGUUGAUUCCUGCUAUGAAAGUAUCUGUCUGUUCCUGUUUCACUGUCGGCUGCUGUGUGACUGAGCCACUCUUAUUCCCACUGUGCGCAUGGAGGAGGGAGAGAUGCAUUCUGAGAAGCACAAGCAUAUGACCACUGCUCAAAAUGCAAUUGCGGGGAAAAAUGCAGUUUUUAACUAUUGUUCUAGUUACAGAGAGAAGAGUCACAGCUUUCUGUGAGUUUAUAUAUUUCUCACCUCUUAAAACCGACUAAGGUCGAUGUCCACGCCCCUGCCGGAAUCUAAUUAGCAUGAUACAAAUAUCCCCAUUAAAAAAACCUCAGUUUAAGCUAGAGAUAUCAGUUUUUUUUGCAUUGGAUUCGUCUCAGUCCACCAGAUCAAUCAAUCAAUCAAUCAAAUGUAUUUAUAAAGCCCUUUUUACAUCAGCAGAUGUCACAAAGUGCUAUACAGAAACCCAGCCUAAAACCCCAAACAGCAAGCAAUGCAGAUGUAGAAGCACAGUGGCUAGGAAAAACUCCCUAGAAAGGCAGAAACCUAGGAAAAAACUUAGAGAGGAACCAGGCUCUGAGGGGUGGCCAGUCCCCUUCUGGCUGUGCCGGGUGGAGAUUAUAACAGCACAUGGCCAUUAAGGCCAGAUUUUUCUCCAAGAUGUUCAUAGAUGAACAGCAGGGUCAAAUAAUAAUCACAGUGGUUGUAGAGGUUGCAACAGGUCAGUACAUCAGGAGUAAAUGUCACUUGGCUUUUCAUAGCUGGGCAUUUAGAGGUUGAAAUGGCAGGUGCGGUAGAGAGAGAGAGUUGAAAACAGCAGGUCUGGGACAAGUUCACACGUCUGGUGAACAGGUCAGGGUUCCAUAGCCACAGGCAGAAGAGUGGAAACUGGAGCAGCAGCACGACCAGGUGGACUGGGGACAGCAAGGAGUCAUCAGGCCAGGUAGUCCUGAGGCAUGGUCCUAGGACUCAGGUCCUACGGGAGGGGAGGGAGAGAGAGUGAAUUAGAGGGAGCAUACUUCAAUUCACACAGGACACUGCAGAGACGGCAAGGGCGGUUUCUCGCUCCAGUGCCUUUCCGUUCACCUUCGCACCCCUGGGCCAGACUACACUCAAUCAUAGGACCUAUUGAAGAGAUGAGUCUUCAGUAAAGACUUAAAGGUCGAGACAAAGUCUACAACUCUCACAUGGAUAGGCAGACCAUUCCAUAAAAAUUGAGCUCUAUAGGAGAAAGCCCCCUGCCUCCAGCUGUUUGCUUAGAAAUUCUAAGGACAAUAAGGAGGCCUGCGCCUUGUGACCGUAGCGUACGUGUAGGUAUGUACGGCAGGCCCAAAUUGGAGAGAUGGGUAGGAGCAAGCCCAUGUAAUGCUUUGUAGGUUAGCAGUAAAACUUUGAAAUCAGCCCUAGCCUUAACAGGAAGCCAGUGUAGAGAGGCUAGCACUGGAGUAAUAUGAUCACAUUUUUUGAUUCUAGUCAAGAUUCUAGCAGCUGUGUUUAGCACUAACUGAAGUUUAUUUAGUGCUUUAUCCGGGUAGCCAGAGAGUAAAGCAUUGCAGUAGUCUAAUCUAGAAGUGACAAAAGCAUGGAUGAGCUUUUCUGCAUCAGUUUUGGACAAAAAGUUUCAGAUUUUUGCAAUGUUACGAAGAUGGAAACAAGCUGUCCUUUAAAUAUUCUUGAUAUGUUUGUCAAAAGAGAGAUCAGGGUCCAGAGUAAUGCAGAGGUCCUUCACAGUUUUAAUUUUUUUUUGUGUUUUUUUGACGACUGUACAACAGAAGAUCUCUUUGUUUCUUGGGACCUAGAACUAGCAUCUCUGUUUUGUCCGAGUUUAAAAGUAAAAAAUAUGCCACCAUCCAUUUACAUUUUAUUCAUUUAGCAGACGCUCUUAUCCAGAGCGACUUACAGUUAGCGCAUACAUUAUUUUAUCGAACCCACAACCCUGGCGUUGCAAACGCCAUGCUCUACCAACUGAGCUACAUCCCCUGCCGGCCAUUCCCUCCCCUACCCUGGACGACGCUGGGCCAAAUGUGCGCCGCCCCAUGGGUCUCCCAGUCGCGGCCGGCUACGACAGAGCCUGGAUUCGAACCAGGAUCUCUAGUGGCACAGCUAGCACUGCGAUGCAGUGCCUUAGACCACUGCGCCACUCGGGAGAUCCACUUCCUUAUGUCUGAAACACAGGCUUCCAGGGUAGGCAAUUUUGGGGCUUCACCAUGUUUCAUAGAAAUGUACAGCUGUGUGUUGUCCGCAUAGCAAUGAAAGUUAACAUUGUGUUUCCGAAUAAUAUAAUAAUAAUAAUAAUAAUAUGCCAUUUAGCAGACGCUUUUAUCCAAAGCGACUUACAGUCAUGCGUGCAUACAUUUUUUUUGUGUAUGGGUGGUCCCGGGGAUCAAACCCACUACCCUGGCGUUACAAGCGCCGUGCUCUACCAGCUGAGCUACAGAAGACCACUGACAUCACCAAGAGGUAGGAUAUAUAGUGAAAACAAGAGUGGUCCUAAAACGGAACCUUGAGGAACACCAAAACGUACAAUUGAUUUGUCAGAGGACAAACCAUCCACAGAGACGAACUGAUAUCUUUCCGACAGAUAAGAUGUAAACCAAGCAAGAACUUGUCCGUGUAGACCAAUUAAGGUUUCCAAUCUCUCCAAAAGAAUGUGGUGAUCGUUGGUGUCAAAAGCAGCACUAAGGUCUAGGAGCAUGAGGACAGAUACAGAGCCUUGGUCUGACGCCAUUAAAAGGUCAUUUACCACCUUCACGAGUGCAGUCUCAGUGCUAUGAUGGGGUCUAAAACCAGACUGAAGCGUUUCGUUUACCAGAGCAUGUGAGCGGAGUUGAGCAGUUAGAAAAUCCUGCUCAUUGCUCAUAGAGCGGUGCUUCUGCUCUGGCGCUCCAUGUCCUUUCCAACCUCUCCACUAAAAACCGUUUCACGCUCACCAAAAAAAACUGCUUCUCCAAAUUCGCUCCAUUCAUUUAAAACCACAAUUUAACCAAAACCCAUCUAUUUUUGUGACUACCUGGACCUACCAUUUGUUUUUUUUGUAUUGAAAUCAAACCAUAUGGAUUUUAAUAAAGUAUUUGAAUUAACAUGAAAAAGUGAAUGUAAGAAGUGCACAUCAGUUCAAAUUAGCUACAUGUCAUAUUAAACAGCAUUUAAACACUAAAUAGGUCAUGAGUCAGACAGGGAGCAUACCUUGAUGCUUUGUUAAAUCUAACGAGACACUGCUCUAAAUCAAGCAGACCACAACAGAUGAUCAAUAUCAAUUCGCUAGGGAUAUUAGCUCCAAUGUGGAUCCAGGCACCACUGUCUUCACCAGCGUAAUGAAUGCGACACCAAAAUAUUCUGGACAUUCCUCGCAAACACUUUUUCUCCAACAUUUGGCCUGCUGCAUCGCAUGCACAAUCACAACAGCUGUUCGUCAUUUGACUGUCAUUUUAGAAAAUUCCUUCCUGGAUCAGAUGAUGAUGAUGAUGUGUAAAAAUAUCAUGCCGUAACUAAUCAGCUGGCCACCAAAUGCGCAUCCAACAAGUAUUAUGCAUCAUUAUUUUACAUUUACAUUUUAGUCGUUUAGCAGACGCUCUUAUCCAGAGCGACUUAAAAUUAGUGAGUGCAUACAUUUUCAUACUGGCCCCCCGUGGGAACGAACCCACAACCCUGGCGUUGCAAGCGCCAUGCUCUACCAACUGAGCUACACAGGACGCAUAUUAUGGAAGAACCACGUUAAUGACAGUAUCAGUCUAGGUUAUAAGUAUCAAGGUAAGGUGACUUUCGGCUAGAAGCAUUUGGUUUUGUAAUGCAUAAAUUAUUUUUAUAUGAAUGUGCCUAUGACAACUGUUUUCACCCUGUAACAUAAGGAGAGUCGUAAUGUUACGUAGUUACACAGAAUUUCUGAAGUCGCUAUACAACAAACUGCCGUACAGCUAGAUCCAGGAUUCUUACAGGUUUCAAGUUCAAUGUCCAAUUUAACUGAUUAAUGCUAAAUACAGUGUGUAGAACAAGUAUUUGAUACACUGCCGAUUAUGCAGGUUUUCCUACUUACAAAGCAUGUAGGUCUGUAAUUUUGAUCAUAGGUACACUUCAACUGUGAGAGACGGAAUCUAAAACAAAAAUCCAGAAAAUUACAUUGUAUGAUUUUAAAGUAAAUAAUUUGCAUUUUAUUGCAUGACAUAAGUAUUUGAUCACCUACCAACCAGUAAGAAUUCCAGCUCUCACAGACCUGUUAGUUUUUCUUUAAGAAGCCCUCCUGUUCUCCACUCAUUACCUGUAUUAACUGCACCUGUUUGAACUCGUUACCUGUAUAAAAGACACCUGUCCACACACUCAUUCAAACAGACUCCAACCUCUCCACAAUGGCCAAGACCAGAGAGCUGUGUAAGGACAUCAGGGAUGAAAUUGUAGACCUGCACUAGGCUGGGAUGGGCUACAGGACAAUAGGCAAGCAGCUUGGUGAGAAGGCAACAACUGUUGGCGCAAUUAUUAGAAAAUGGAAGAAGUUCAAGAUGACGGUCAAUCACCCUCGGUCUGGGGCUCCAUGCAAGAUCUCACCUCGUGGGGAAUCAAUGAUCAUGAGGAAGGUGAGGGAUCAGCCCAGAACUACACGGCAGGACCUGGUCAAUGACCUGAAGAGAGCUGGGACCACAGUCUCAAAGAAAACCAUUAGUAACACACUACGCUGUCAUGGAUUAAAAUCCUGCAUCGCACGCAAGGUCCCCCUGCUCAAGCCAGCGCAUGUCCAGGCCCAUCUGAAGUUUGCCAAUGACCAUCUGGAUGAUCCAGAGGAGGAAUGGGAGAAGGUCAUGUGGUCUGAUGAGACAAAAAUAGAGCUUUUUGGUCUAAACUCCACUCGCCGUGUUUGGAGGAAGAAGAAGGAUGAGUACAACCCCAAGAACACCAUCCCAACCGUGAAGCAUGGAGGUGGAAACAUCAUCCUUUGGGGAUGCUUUUCUGCAAAGGGGACAGGACGACUGCACCGUAUUGAGGGGAGGAUGGAUGGGGCCAUGUAUCGCGAGAUCUUGGCCAACAACCUCCUUCCCUCAGUAAGAGCAUUGAAGAUGGGUCGUGGCUGGGUCUUCCAGCAUGACAACGACCCAAAACACACAGCCAGGGCAACUAAGGAGUGGCUCCGUAAGAAGCAUCUCAAGGUCCUGGAGUUGCCUAGCCAGUGUCCAGACCUGAACCCAAUAGAAAAUCUUUGGAGGGAGCUGAAAGUCCGUAUUGCCCAGCGACAGCCCCGAAACCUGAAGGAUCUGGAGAAGGUCUGUGUGGAGGAGUGGGCCAAAAUCCCUGCUGCAGUGUGUGCAAACCUGGUCAAGACCUACAGGAAAUGUAUGAUCUCUGUAAUUGCAAACAAAGGUUUCUGUACCAAAUAUUAAGUUCUGCUUUUCUGAUGUAUCAAAUACUUAUGUCAUGCAAUAAAAUGCAAAUUAUUUACUUAAAAAUCAUACAAUGUGAUUUUCUAGAUUUUUGUUUUAGAUUCCGUCUCUCACAGUUGAAGUGUACCUAUGAUACAAAUUACAGACCUCUACAUGCUUUGCAAGUAGGAAAACCUGCAAAAUUGGCAGUGUAUCAAAUACUUGUUCUCCCCACUGUAUAUGAUUUAAAGACACCUUAACCUGCCAUAAAUGCAAGGACAGAAAGGUAAUGUUUUAUCAAAUUGUAUUUGUCACAUGCGCCAAAUACCACAGGUGUAGCCCUUACUGUGAAAUGCUUACUUAACCAACAAUGCAGUUCAGGAAAUGGUUAAGAAAAUAUUUACUUUUUAUUGUAUUUUUUACUUUAGUUUAUUUAGUAACACAAUAACAAUAAGACUAUAUACAGGGGGUACCGGUACCGAGUCAAUGUGUGGUGGUACAGGUUAGUCAAGGUUAUUUGUACAUGUAGGUAGGGGUAAAGUGACUAUGCAUAGAUGAUAAACAGCGAGUAGCAGCAGUGUAAAAACAAUUUAAGGGGGUGUCAAUGUAAAUAGUCCGGGUGGCCAUUUGAUUAAUGGGUGGCCAUUUUGAUUAAUUGUUCAGCAGUUUUUUGGCUUGGGGGUAGAAGCUAUUAAGGAGCCUUUUGGACCUAGACUUGGCGAUCCGGUACCGCUUGCCGUGCAGUAGCAGUGAGAACCGUCAAUGACUUGGGUGACUGGAGUCUUUAACAAUUUUUUGGCCCUUCCUCUGACACAGCUUAGUAUAAACAGUGAGGGGAAAAAAUGUAUUUGAUUCCCUGCUGAUUUUGUACGUUUGCCCACUGACAAAGAAAUGAUCAGUCUAUCAUUUUAAUGGUAGGUUUAUUUGAACAGUGAGAGACAGAAUAACAACAACAAAAUCCAGAAAAACACAUGUCAAAAAUGUUAUAAAUUGAUUUGCAUUUUAAUUAGGGAAAUAAGUAUUUGAUACCCUGUCAAUCAGAAAGAUUUCUGGCUCCCAGGUGUCUUUUUAUACAGGUAACGAGCUGAGAUUAGGAGCACACUCUUAAAGGGAGUGCUCCUAAUCUCAGCUUGUUACCUGUAUAAAAGACAACUGUCCACAGAAGCAAUCAAUCAAUCAGAUUCCAAACUCUCCACCAUGGCCAAGACCAAAGAGCUCUCCAAGGAUGUCAGGGACAAGAUUGUAGACCUACACAAGGCUGGAAUGGGCUACAAGACCAUCGCCAAGCAGCUUGGUGAGAAGGUGACAACAGUUGGUGCGAUUAUUCGCAAAUGGAAGGAACUGUCAAUCUCCCUCGGCCUGGGGCUCCAUGCAAGAUCUCACCUCAUGGAGUUGCAAUGAUCAUGAGAACGGUGAGGAAUCAGCCCAGAACUACACGGGAGGAUCUUGUCAAUGAUCUCAAGGCAGCUGGGACCAUAGUCACCAAGAAAACAAUUGGUAACACACUACGCCGUGAAGGACUGAAAUCCUGCAGCGUCCGCAAGGUUCCCCUGCUCAAGAAGGCACAUAUACAGGCCUGUCUGAAGUUUGCCAAUGAACAUCUGAAUGAUUCAGAGGAGAACUGGGUUAAAGUGUUGUGGUCAGAUGAGACCAAAAUCGAGGUCUUUGGCAUCAACUCAACUCGCCGUGUUUGGAGGAGGAGGAAUGCUGCCUAUGACCCCAAGAACACCAUCCCCACCGUCAAACAUGGAGGUGGAAACAUUAUGCUUUGGGGGUGUUUUUCUGCUAAGGGGACAGGACAACUUCACCGCAUCAAAGGGACGAUGGACGGCGCCAUGUACCAUCAAAUCUUGGGUGAGAACCUCCUUCCCUCAGCCAGGGCAUUGAAAAUGGGUCGUGGAUGGGUAUUCCAGCAUGACAAUUACCCAAAACACACGGCCAAGGCAACAAAGGAGUGGCUCAAGAAGCAGCACAUUAAGGUCCUGGAGUGGCCUAGCCAGUCUCCAGACCUUAAUCCCAUAGAAAAUCUGUGGAGGGAGCUGAAGGUUCGAGUUGCCAAACGUCAGCCUCGAAACCUUAAUGACUUGGAGAAGAUCUGCAAAGAGGAGUGGGACAAAAUCCCUCCUGAGAUGUGUGCAAACCUGGUGGCCAACUACAAGAAACGUCUGACCUCUGUGAUUGCCAACAAGGGUUUUGCCACCAAGUACUAAGUCAUGUUUUGCAGAGGAGUCAAAUACUUAUUUCCCUCAUUAAAAUGCAAAUCAAUUUAUAACAUUCUUGACAUGCGUUUUUCUGGAUUUUGUUGUUGUUAUUCUGUCUCUCACUGUUCAAAUAAACCUACCAUUACAAUUAUAGACUGAUCAUGUCUUUGUCAGUGGGCAAACGUACAAAAUCAGCAGGGGAUCAAAUACUUUUUUCCCUCACAGUAGGUCCUGGAUGGCAGGAAGCUUGGCCCCAGUGAUGUACUUGGCCGUACGGACUACCCUCUGUAGCGCCUUACGUUACGGUCGGAUGCCAAGCAGUUGCCAUACCAGGUGGUGAUGCAACCGGUCAGGAUGCUCUCGAUGGUGCAGGAUGCUCUUUAUGCCACACAAUCUUGGACAAAUCCGUCAAGACGCCAACCAUGAUAAUGGGUUAAACAGGUUUUAAUUAAACUUGUGACUUAAAAAAUAAUUGAAUAUAGCUAUGACUGGCUUCAUCAAUAAGUGCAUCGAUGACGUCGUCCCCACAGGGACUGUACAUACAUACCCCAACCAGAAUCCAUGGAUUACAGGCAACAUCCACACUGAGCUAAAGCUUUCGCUUUCAAGGAGCGGGACUCUAACCUGGAAGCUUAUAAGAAAUCCUGCUAUGCCCUCCGACGAACCAUCAAAUAGGCAAAGCGUCAAUACAGGACUAAGGUUGAAUCGUACUACACCGGCUCCGACGCUCGUCGGAUGUGGCAGGGCUUGCAAACUAUUACAGACUACAAAAGGAAGCACAGCCGCAAGCUGCCCAGUGACACGAGCCUACCAGACGGGCUAAAUUACUUCUAUGCUCGCUUCGAGGCAAGUAACACUGAAACAUGCAUGAGAGCAUCAGCUGUUCCAGAUGACUGUGUGAUCACGCUCUCCGUAGCCGAUGUAAGCCGUAGCCGAGUAAGACCUUUAAACAGGUCAACAUUCACAAGGCUGCAGGGCCAGACGGAUUACCAGGACGUGUACUCCGAGCAUGUGCUGACAAACUGGCAAGUGUCUUCACUGACAUUUUCAACCUCUCCCUGUCUGUCUGUAAUACCAACAUGUUUCAAACAGACCACCAUAGUCCCUGUACCCAAGAACACUAAGGUAACCUGCCUAAAUGACUACCGAUCCGUGGCACUCACAUCUGUAGCCAUGAAGUGCUUUGAAAGGCUGGUCAUGGCUCACAUCAACACCAUUAUCCCAGAAACCCUAGACCUACUCCAAUUUGCAUAUCGCCCCAACAGAUCCACAGAUGAUGCAAUCUCUAUUGCGCUCCACACUGCCCUUUCACACCUGGACAAAGGGAACACCUAUGUGAGAAUGCUAUUAAUUGACUACAGCUCAGCGUUCAACACCAUAGUGCCCUCAAAGCUCAUCACUAAGCUAAGGACCCUGGGACUAAACACCUCCCUCUGCAACUGGAUCCUGGACUUCCUGACGGGCUGCCCCCAGGUGGUAAGGGUAGGUAACAACACAUACGCCACGCUGCUCCUCAACACGGGGUCCCCUCAGGGGUGCGUGCUCAGUCCCCUCCUGUACUCCCUGUUCACUCAUGACUGCAUGGCAAGGCACGACUCCAACACCAUCAUUAAGUUUGCCGAUGACACAACCGUGGUAGGCCUGAUCACCGACAACAACGAGACAGCCUAUAGGGAGGAGGUCAGAGACCUGGCCGUGUGGUGCCAGGUGAACAACCUCUCCCUCAACGUGAUCAAGACAAAGGAGAUGAUUGUGGACUACAGGAAAAAGACGACCGAGCACGCCCCCAUUCUCAUCGACGGGGCUGUAGUGGAGCAGGUUGAGAGCUUCAAGUUCAUUGGUGUCCACAUCACCAACAAAUUAACAUGGUCCAAGCACACCAAGACAGUCGUGAAGAGGGCACGACAAAACCUAUUUCCCCUAAGGAGACUGAAAAGAUUUGGCACCAUCGAGAGCAUCCUGACUGGUUGCAUCACUGCCUGGUAUGGCAACUGCUCGGCCUCCGACCGCAAGGCACUACAGAGGGUAGUGCGUACGGCCCAGUACAUCACUGGGGCCAAGCUUCCUGCCAUCCAGGACCUCUAUACUAGGUGUCCAGCCACCCUAGUCAUAGACUGUUCUCUCUGCUACCGCAUGGCAAGCAGUACCGGAGCGCCAAGUCUAGGUCCAUGAGGCUUCUAAACAGCUUUUACCCCCAAGCCGUAAGACUCCUGAACAUCUAAUCAAAUGGCUACCCAGACUAUUUGCAUUGCCCCACCCCUCUUUUACACAGCUGCUACUCUCUGUAUAUUAUCUAUGCAUAGUCACUUUAAUAACUCUUCCUACAUGUACAUAUUACCCCAAUUACCUUGACUAACCGGUGCCCCCACACAUUGACUCGGUACCAGUACCCCCUGUAUAUAGCCUCGCUAUUGUUAUUUUUACUGCUGCUCUUUAAUUAUUCGUUACUUUUAUUUUUGUAUUAUUUUACAUUUGUUUUGGUGUUCUUUCUUAACUGCAUUGUUGGUUAAGGGCUUGUAAGUAAGCAUUUCACUGUAAGGUCUACACCUGUUGUAUUCGGCGCAUGUGACAAAUACAAUUUGAUUUGAUUUAAAGGUCAGAUUAUACCCCCCUCUCCUAUUCCUCCUCCCUCUCAUGGUUUAGGGUUCUGGAGUGUCCCGAUAAGAGGUGUGAUUCUGGGAUUAGGGAUAGUUCCACUGGAGCUGUGUCUCUUUUGGGAUAAUAGAUGAUCCUGGGAGUGUGGAUGUGGGGAAACAAACACAGCACAUUAUCACUGGAGGACAGAGAACACAGAGCGAACAGAAAGCCCAGCUGGUGACUGUCUGCCCAGGACCUUGCAAAGACUAGGCUACGGCAGGAGGUCUUUGUGUGUUCGUUGUGUAUGUGUGCGCAUUACUUUGUGCGUUCGUUCGUACAGUGUGUGUGUGUGUUUUGUAUUAUUGUCUAGGCCUAAGAAUGUUUUAGGGCAAUUCCACGGUAACAGUGAUGCUGAGAUUUUUCACUUUAAAAUGUAUGUUAAAAACCAAGGAUUGCGAAGUUACCAAACUUUGCAUCUGCACUGUUCUUCAAGUGAAUGUGUUUUUGUAAUAUUUUCUGUGGAAACUGUUCAAAGUAGGCCUUGUGCAUAGAGGUGUGUGGUUUGUUUAACUUUGCAAUCAUUUGUUUUUGUUUGCCAUACAUUUUAAAGUGAAAAAGCAGUCUCAGCAUCACUCUGUUGUCGUAGAAUUCACUCUGUUGUCGUAGAACAGCGCCGGAAGAAGAUGGCUGCCGUUUUACAGCCCUCUAACCAAUUGUACUAUUAUGUGUGUUUUUCCGCGUUAUUUGUAAUUUAUUUUGUACAUAAUGUUUCUGCCAUCGUCUCUUAUAACCAAAGAGAGCUUCUGGAUAUCAGGACAGCGAUUACUCACCUCGCGUUGGACGAACACUUUUUCUUCAACGAGGCGUUCGCGAAGGAUAUUCUACAGACUCCCGACAAGGCCCAGAUCCCCGUCAUUCGCGUGAGGAAGAGACGGAGAUAUCGUGGACGCAGAUCCGGGUGCCUUGUAAGGAUCCGACGGCGAACGAGUAAACUGCCUCUCCCAUCAAUCCUAUUAGCCAACGUUCAAGCUUUGGAGAAUAAAAUGGACGAUUUAAGAUUACGGUUAUCCUACCAACGGGACAUUAAAAACUGUAAUAUCUUAUGUUUCACGGAGUCGUGGCUGAACGACGACAAUGAUAACAUUCAGCUAGCAGGCUAUACGCUACAUCGGCAGGACAGAACGGCAGACUCGGGUAAGACGAGGGGUGGCGGUCUCUGUAUAUUUGUAAACAACAGCUGGUGCACAAAAUCAAAUACUAAGGAAGUCUCAAGGUUUUGCUCGCCUGAGGUAGAGUAUCUUAUGAUAAGCUGUAGACCACACUAUUUACCAAGAGAGUUUUCAUCUAUAUUUUUCAUAGCUGUCUAUUUACCACCACAAACCAAUGCUGGCAUUAAGAUUGCACUGAAUGAGUUGUACAAGGCCAUUAAUCAACAGGAAAACGCUCAUCCAGAUGCAGCGCUCCUAGUAGCAGGGGACUUUAAUGCAGGGAAACUUAAAUCCGUUCUACCUAAUUUCUACCAGCAUGUUAAAUGUGCAACCAGAGGGGAAAAAACUCUAGACCACCUUUACUCCACACACAGAGACGCAUACAAAGCUCUCCCUCGCCCUCCAUUUGGCAAAUCUGACCAUAACUCUAUCCUCCUGAUUCCUGCUUAUAAGCAAAAACUGAAGCAGGAAGCACCAGUGAUUCGGCUAAUAAAAAAGUGGUCAGAUGACGCAGAUGCUAAGCUACAGGACUGUUUUGCUAGCACAGACUGGAACAUGUUCCGGGAUUCUUCAGACAGCAUUGAGGAGUACACCACAUCAGUCACUGGCUUCAUCAAUAAGUGCAUCGAUGAUGUCGUCCCCACAGUGACCGUACGUACAUACCCCAACCAGAAGCCAUGGAUUACAGGAAACAUCCGCACUGAGCUAAAGGGUAGAGCUGCCGCUUUCAAGGAACGGGACUCUAACCCGGACGCUUAUAAGAAAUCCCGCUAUGACCUCCGACGAACCAUCAAACAGGCAAAGAGUCAAUACAGGUCUAAGAUUGAAUCAUACUACACUGGCUCUGACGCUCGUCGGAUGUGGCAGGGCUUGAAAACUAUUACAGACUACAAAGGGAAGCACAGCCGCGAGCUGCCCAGUGACACAAGCCUACCAGACGAGCUAAACCACUUCUAUGCUCGCUUCGAGGCAAGCAACACUGAAGCAUGCAUGAGAGCACCAGCUGUUCCGGACGACUAUGUGAUCACGCUCUCCGUAGCCGAUGUGAGUAAGACUUUUAAGCAGGUCAACAUUCACAAGGCCGCAGGGCCAGACGGAUUACCAGGACGUGUACUCCGAGCAUGUGCUGACCAACUGGCAAGUGUCUUCACUGACAUUUUCAACAUGUCCCUGACUGAGUCUGUAAUACCAACAUGUUUCAAGCAGACCACCAUAGUCCCCGUGCCCAAGAACUCUAAGAUAACCUGCCUAAAUGACUACCGACCCGUGGCACUGACGUCUGUAGCCAUGAAGUGCUUUGAAAGACUGGUCAUGGCUCACAUCAACAGCAUAAUCCCAGAAACCCUAGACCCACUCCAAUUUGCAUACCGCCCCAACAGAUCCACAGAUGAUGCAAUCUCUAUCGCACUCCACACUGCCCUUUCCCACCUGGACAAGAGGAACACCUACGUGAGAAUGCUAUUCAUUGACUACAGCUCAGCAUUCAACACCAUAGUGCCCUCAAAGCUCAUCACUAAGCUAAGGAUCCUGGGACUAAACACCUCCCUCUGCAACUGGAUCCUGGACUUCCUGACGGGCCGCCCCCAGGUGGUAAGGGUAGGUAACAACACAUCUGCCACACUGAUCCUCAACACGGGGGCCCCUCAGGGGUGCGUGCUCAGUCCCCUCCUGUACUCUCUGUUCACCCAUGACUGCAUGGCCAGGCACGACUCAAACACCAUCAUUAAGUUUGCCGACGACACAACAGUGGUAGGCCUGAUCACCGACAACGAUGAGACAGCCUAUAGGGAGGAGGUCAGAGAUCUGGCCGUGUGGUGCCAGGACAACAACCUCUCCCUCAACGUGACCAAGACAAAGGAGAUGAUUGUGGACUACAGGAAAAAAAAGAGGACUGAGCACGCCCCCAUUCUCAUCGACGGGGCUGUAGUGGAACAGGUUGAGAGCUUCAAGUUCCUUGGUGUCCACAUCACCAACGAACUAUCAUGGUCCAAACACACCAAGACAGUCGUGAAGAGGGCACGACAAAGCCUAUUCCCCCUCAGGAGACUAAAAAGAUUUGGCAUGGGUCCUCAGAUCCUCAAAAAAUUCUACAGCUGCACCAUCGAGAGCAUCCUGACUGGUUGCAUCACCGCCUGGUAUGGCAACUGCUUGGCCUCUGACCGCAAGGCACUACAGAGGGUAGUGCGUACGGCCCAGUACAUCACAGGGGCAAAGCUCCCUGCCAUCCAGGACCUCUAUACCAGGCGGUGUCAGAGGAAGGCCCUCAAAAUUGUCAAAGACUCCAGCCACCCUAGUCAUAGACUGUUCUCUCUGCUACCGCACGGCAAGCGGUACCGGAGUGCCAAGUCUAGGUCCAAAAGACUUCUCAACAGCUUCUACCCCCAAGCCAUAAGACUCCUGAACAGCUAAUCAUGGCUACCCGGACUAUUUGCACUGCCCCCCCACCCCAUACUUUUUACGCUGCUGCUACUCUGUUAAUUAUUUAUGCAUAGUCACUUUAACUCUACCCACAUGUACAUAUUACCUCAACUACCUCAACUAGCCGGUGCCCCCGCACAUUGACUAUGCAACGGUACCCCCCUGUAUAUAUAGCCUCCCUACUGUCACUUUAUUCUAUUGUAUAUAUAGCCUCCCUACUGUCACUUUAUUUUUACUUCUGCUCUUUUUUUCUCAACACUUUUUUGUUGUUGUUUUAUUCUUACUUUUUUGUUUAAAAUAAAUGCACUGUUGGUUAAGGGCUGUAAGUAAGCAUUUCACUGUAAUGUCUGCACCUGUUGUAUUCGGCGCAUGUGACCAAUAAAAUUUGAUUUGAUUUGAUUUUGAUUUGAAUUGCUCUUUAUAAGAUUAUAGCGAGUAGAGUGGGUGUCUAAAAUGUGCCCAAAAUUUUAACAAAAAGAUUAAGCCCUUUGUUGGCAGUGUCAAAAACAAAAUAUUCCUUGUCUGUCCCACGAUCCACUAUCAGCAUCCCUGUUCUCAGUGUUCCUGUGAAAUGACCUAAGUGUGUGUGCCCGCCCACCUGGGUGUGAUCCAAACCUAGCGCCAUAAAAUCAAGUGUUUUAUUCUGCGGACACGACAGCUCAAGCUCUCUCACACCAAACAGCCAGUUAGUCAGACGCACAGAUAGUUGCAGAACAAUAAUUGUCCGUGUGUGUCGUCUCUGUCAGACCAAAGCUCUCCACGUGCUGAAGAAUCGCUGCACUGUCUCCUGUCAUCUCACACUCACAGCUGUCGCAAGGCCAUGGCCAAUAUAGACUUAAUGACGUGCCAUUCGGUCUUUAUUUACGCUCUGUACAAAGGUGUCACUCUGCUUAAAGAAUAAAGAUAGCCAAGUGAUAAUGAUAUUCAGUGUUUGCCCUAGGAUUAUUUUCAGAAGUGGUGGCAAGUGAGAUGCAAUGACAUGCUAGCUGUUCCCAUAUACUUCCAGUCAUUGAUCCAGCAACUAUCCAUUAAAAAGCGCGUCUUGGCAGAAAUACACUACCGUUCAAAAGUUUGGGGUCACUUAGAAAUGUUCUUUUUUUUUUUAAGAAAAGUCUUUUUUUUUGUCCAUUUAAAAUAAAAUAAAAUUGAUCAGAAAUACAGUGUAGACACUGUUAAUGUUGUAAAUGGCUAUUGUAGCUGGAAACGGCUGAUUUUUAAUGGAAUAUCUACAUAGGCGUACAGAGGCCCAUUAUCAGCAUCCAUCAGUCCUGUGUUCCAAUGGCACGUUGUGUUUGCUAAUUCAAGUUUAUCAUUUUAAAAGGCUAAUUGAUCAUUAGAAAACCCUUUUGCAAUUAUGUUAGCACAGCUGAAAACUGUUGUGCUGAUUAAAGAAGCAAUAAAACUGGCCUUCUUGAGACUAGUUGAGUAUCUGGAGCAUCAGCAAUUGUGGGUUCGAUUACAGGCUCAAAAUGGCCAGAAACAAAGAACUUUCUUCUGAAACUCGUCAGUCUUUUCUUGUUCUGAGAAAUGAAGGCUAUUCCAUGCGAGAAUUUGCCAAGAAACUGAAGAUGUAGUACAAAGCUGUGUACUACUCCCUUCACAGAACAGCGUAAACUGGCUCUAUCCAGAAUAGAAAGAGGAGUGGGAGGCCCCAGUGCACAACUGAGCAAGAGGACACAUAAAUACAUUAGUGUCUAGUUUGAGAAACAGAUGCCUCACAGUUCCUCAACUGGCAGCUUCAUUAAAUGGUACCCGCAAAACACCAGUCUCAACAUCAACAGUGAAGAGGCGUCUCCGGGAUGCUGACCUUCUAGGCAGAGUUGCAAAGAAAAAGUAUAGUGUUAUUUUGCCCAUCUUAAUCUUUUAUUUUUAUUGGCCAGUCUAAGAUAUGGCUUUUUCAUCACUGGGGCCAAGGUUCCUGCCAUCCAGGACCUCUAUACCAGGCGGUGUCAGAGGAAGGCCCUAAAAAUGGUCAAAUACUCCAGCCACCCUAGUCAUAGACUGUUCUCUGCUACCGCACGGCAAGCGGUACCGGAGCGUCAAGUCUAGGUCCAAAAGGCUUCUUAACAGCUUCUACCCCCAGGCCAUAAGACUCCUGAACAGCUAAUCAUGGCUACCCAGACUAUUUGCAUUGCCCCCCCCCCCACUCCACCCCCUCUUUUACGCUGCUGCUACUCUGUUUAUUAUCUAUGCACAGUCACUUUAACUCUACCCACAUGUACAUAUUACCUCCACUAACCGGUGCCUCCACACAUUGACUCUGUACCGUUACCCCCUGUAUAUAGCCUCCCGACUGUUAUUUUAUUUUACUGCUGCUCUUUAAUUUAAUUUUUUACUCAACACUUUUUUUCUUAUCUGCAUUGUUGGUUAAUGACUUGUGAGUAAGCAUUUCACUGUAAGGUCUACACCUGUUGUAUUCGGCGCAUGUGGCAAAUAAAUUUUGAUUUGAUUUGUAAAGUUCUGUCAGGUUGUAUGGGGAGAGCGUCUCUCCAGAGAUGAUCGAUCGGGUUCAAGUCCAGGCUCUGACUGGGCCACUCAUGGACAUUCAGAGACUUGUCCCGAAGCCACUCCUGCGUUGUCUUGGCUGUGUGCUUAGUGUCGUUGUCUUGUUGGAAGAUGAACUUUCUCCCCAGUCUGAGGUCCUGAGCGCUCUGCAGCAGGUUUUCAUCAAGGAUCUCUGUACUUUGCUCAAUUAAUCUUUCCCUCGAUCCUGACUAGUCUCCCAGUCCCUGCUGCUGAAAAACAUCCCCACAUCAUGAUCCUUCCACCACCAUGCUUCACCGUAGGGAUGAUGCCAGGUUUCCUCCAGACGCGACGCUUGGUAUUCAGGCCAAAAGAGUUCAAUCUUGGUUUCAUCAGACCAGAGAAUCUUGUUUCUCAUAGUCUGAGAGUCUUUUGGGGCCUUUUGGAAAACUCCAAGCGGGCUGUUGUGUCUUUUACUGAGGAGUGGCUUCCGUCUGGCCACUCUACCAUAAAGGCCUGAUUGGUGGAGUGCUGCAGAGAUGGUUGUCCUUCUGGAAGGUUCUCCCACCUCCACAGAGGAACUCUGGAGCUCCUUAAGAGUGACCAUCGGGUUCUUGGUCACCUCCCUGACCAAGGCCCUUCUCCCCUGAUUGCUCAGUUUGGCCGGGCGGCCAGCUCUAGGUAUAGUCUUGGUGGUUCCAAACUUCUUCCAUUUAAGAAUGAUGGAGGCCACUGUGUUCUUGGGGACCUUCAAUGCUGCAGACAUUUUUUGGUACCCUUCCCCAGAUCUGUGCCCUGACACAAUCCUGUCUCGGCACUCUACGGACAUUUCCUUCGACCUCAUGGCUUGGUUUUUGCUCUGACAUGCACUGUCAACUGUGGGACCUUAUUUAGGCAGGUGUGUGCCUUUCCAAAUCACAUCAAAUCAAUUGAAUUUUCCACAAGUGGACUUCAAUCAAGUUGUAGAAACAUCUCAAGAAUGUUCAAUGGAAACAGGAUGCACCUGAGCUCAAUUUCGAGUCUAAUAGCAAAGGGUCUGAAUUCUUAUGUAAAAAAAGGUAUUUCUGUUUUCUUUUGUAAUACAUUUGCAAAUAUUUCUAAAAACCUGUUUUCACUUUGUCAUUAUGGGGUAUUGUGUGUAGAUUGAGGAAAACAAUUAAUUUAAUAAAUUUUAGUAUAAGGCUGUAACUUAACAAAAUGUGGAAAAAGUCAAGGUCUGAAUUCUUCCCGAAUGCACUGUAUAUAUUUUUUUAAUUACAUAUUUUUUUGCAGCAGCGGCAAGAAUUUAGAUUUAUCUAGGGGAAACACUUAUAUUAUUAUGGGGUUGGAAAAGGGCCAGUGAAUUGCACUGAAUUGAUAUAUUCAUUUAUUGAGCCCUUUUUAACUAAGAAGUCGGCUGGUGAAAUGGAUGCGUCAUGGACCAUGGUUUAGUAACUAUUAACUACUGACAUGGUAUAAAUUGGUUUCAUGAAAAUCACCCCAAUAGUCGUAAUGAAGUGCAUCAUGCCUUUUAUUCACACCCAACAGACGUGUUGUUAGUGUCACUAUAUAGAAGUUAACUGAAUGCGGUGAUAGGGUAACGAUAUGAUGCGGUUGUAUAAGGUUAACUCUUUUUUUUUUUUUUAAGACAACACAUUCUCUUUUACAAAAACGACCUGACCUAGAGGGAGCAAUGAAAUAGAAUCGCACAGCAUCUCACAAUGCUAGGCUAACAGAACAGAGUUGAGUGUAAAAGGAGUAGUGGCGCUGCAGUGUUUACAAUUAAAGUUUGUUUACAUCGCUCUGAAGCAUAAUAAGGGAGUCCUGAUCCAAAUGCCUCCUCCAUAGGGAUUUCAGCAAUGCACAUACUCUUUUUCCAGAGCUACACACACACACAGGUAAGAAUCCCUGAGUGCCUCUCUGGCUCUCACCAUAUCACUCAUUAUGAGAAUCAGUCUGCAUCCGUGCUGAGCACCAAAGCUCCUCAUACACAACACUGAUGAGGGCCCAAGGGAGAGACACACACACACACACCUCCCUUUCCCGGCUUGUCAGUCCAGGGGGGUGGGAGGCGGGGACGAUGUACUAGCCAAGCCAGUGAAGCCACAUGCCAAGCCCUACCCUGGCAGAGCGAGAGGGAGGGUUGCACUUCACUACUAGGCUCCUCAGCACAUUUUCAUGCCCUUGUAUGUUCAUGAGCCACUCGAGGGAGGGGCUGCCCGCCCCUUGCUGUCAGUUUCACAUAUCACCUCCAAACAGGAAGUGUUGUGGUGCAACUGAGCAGCAGUGGAGACGUGCCAGGCAGACAGAUGCUGGAUGCUCCGACGUUAUGAAGAGAGGGCAACUCUCACAAUUCUCACUUCUCUACAGUGGCGGAGAAGUGAGAAUUGUGGUUGUAAACCCACUGUAUUCGUCCAUCAUGCUAUUGGCCUCAAUAACAGAGAAACAGAGGGAGAGGAAAGUUGACCAUAAAUGGAUGAAAACACAUCUACCCAAUGUUAUCCCUAUCCCACUGUGCUGUUCUGUGCUGGUCCUGAUGUUUGUGUUGCUGACCUCACCAGUCUCCAGACUGAGAUCUCAAAGUUUAGGAAAACGAGAAUGUUGCCUGUGUGAUUCACUGAUCUAAGAGAUUUGUGUUGGUACUAAGCCUACCCUUGCAUUUCUGACGUGUGUUUGAAAGUGUGUCUUUGUGUUUGCAGGUACGCAUAGCAGCAAACUUUGUCAUCCACGCCCCACCGGGAGAGUUCAAUGAAGUUUUCAACGGUGAGCUUUUGUUUGUAGCCUAUGUUUUAGGAUGCGUGUGUAUGGACCAAAGCCAGGAGCAGGAAUCUAGCUUGUGAGGAUCACAACUCACACUUUAGGUAGUAAGCUAUAGCGAGUAUUUCUCACUAGAGAUGUUAUGACACAGAUCAUUCCUCAGCAUCUUGAAACCACACACUACAGAGCAGAGCACUCACACACAGAGAGUAUCUGUAUCUUAGUAUCUAACUAAAACCCACACAUGUAAGCUCUCUCUAGUCUUCUCUUAACUAUCAGUUAUGAAAGAAAGUCUCGUUAACCAAAGUAGCUGGCCCAUAUCGCCCUCAGACUGUGCACUAGGCCUAUACUGCUAACAUAAAGCACGAAUGACAGACCAGUCACCACUAGGGCUGUUACGGUGACCGUAUUACCGCCACACCGGUGGUCAUGAGUCAUGACGGCAGUCAAAUUACAUGUACAUUUAAAAAAAAAACAUUUUAGUCAUUUAGCAGACGCUCUUAUCCAGAGCGACUUACAGUUAGUGAGUGCAUACAUUAUUUUAUUUUUUUCAUACUGGAAUCGAACCCACAACCCUGGCGUUGCAAAUGCCAUGCUCUACCAACUGAGCUACAUCCCUGCCGGCCAUUCCCUCCCCUACCCUGGACGACGCUGGGCCAAUUGUGCGCCGCCCCAUGGGUCUCCCGGUCGCGGCCUGCUACGACAGAGCCUGGAUUCGAACCAGGAUCUCUAGUGACACAGCUAGCACUGCGAUGCAGUGCCUUAGACCACUGCGCCACGUGACAUUUUAGUUAUGGUAAUUAGGCUUCUCCAAGCUCUGAUGCUGCUGAUGGUCAUUAGUAGCCUACCAAACUUGCUAAGUUGCCUGUUACUCAGCACUCUAUUGUCCCUCAAAUCACUCUGACAUCAAUGCAUAUGCAAUUCAAAAAUCUAAUCAAACACUUCAUGAGAGUUCAUGUUGCGCAACAUUUCUAUAGGCUCUACAACUUUGUGAGAACAGAGUGAUGGCCUCUAUUAAAAAGAGGAGGAUCCCAUCAGCUUUCUGUAGGCUAGUCCUACUACAUUUAUUAAUCAACUUUCCUAAUAUUAAGCACAUUGCUUCUCUUUACAACAGGAGUAUAGCCUACCUGGCUGGCAUGAAAAUGAACCAUGGGAAAAGCGUCCCCCAUUCGCUAUUUAAGUGCAUAGAUGACAUGUAUUUUUUUCCGCUGCCCCUGUUUCGAGACCGGUGCAUGAUAAUGGUCCGUUUUAAAUCAAAACAAAUUUCACACAUAUUAUUUUGUAUAUGUAAAGACAAGAUUAAAUCAAGAAUAGUGUGAUGGGUGACAAUAUUAGCAUAUCACUUGUGAAUGAUAUAUUAUCACUUGUGAAUGAUGCCCAGUUUAAGGCAAGAAACAGCGCAUGCUUUUUUUGCGACUUUUUCCAAAUCAGUCGCACACCUCAAGGUUUGUAUCACAACUAAAGUGGCCAAAUAACUUAUUCAAAUGAAGCACAUUAAUCAGCUUUACAACGGGUGUAGAGCUUAACUGGCAUACAUACGCAGCGCGUGAGUUUCAAUUUUGGGGAAGAUCAUUUUCACCAUAAAAAUGCACCUUUUUAUAAUAUAAGCAUUAUUCAUAAUCUCAUUUGUGGGCACUUUUGAGAAUGGUGUUUUCCUGCUAAUGGAACAUUCACGCUUAUAGCCUACUGCCAUGUGCGCAUUGCUGCGCUUAUAAUGUGAAGAAAUACCCUAAUUAUUUAUCAACAUCUUAAGCUAAACGUUCUCAUCUGUUGCGUCAGGCUCAUUGCUUAAAACAGGUUUUUUGAUGCUAGUUGUUGUAUUAAUUUGAGAUCUAUCGCAUCCCACAACUGUCCCAGACUAUGUUUGGAAUAUUUACAGUGCAUUCAGACCAUUGACUUUUUCCACAUUUUGUUACGUUACAGCCUUAUUCUAAAAUUGAUGAAAUUAUUUUUUUCCCUUAUCAAUCUACACCAAAUACCCCAUAAUGACAAAGCGAAAACAGGUUUUUAGAAAUGUUUGCAAAUGUAUUAAAAAUAAAAAAACGAAAUGCCUUAUUUACAUAAGUGUUCAGACCCUUUGCUAUGCCGCUCAAAAUUGAGCUCAGGUGCAUCCUAUUUCCAUUGAUCAUCCUUGAGAUGUUUCUACAACUUGAAUGAAGUCCACCUGUGGAAAAUUCAAUUGAUUUGAUAUGAUUUGGAAAGGCGCACACACCUGCCUAAAUAAGGUCUGUCAGUUGAAAGUGCAUGUCAGAGCAAAAACCAAGCCAUGAGGUCAAAGGAAUUGUCUGUAGAUCGCCGAGACAGGAUUGUGUCAAGGAACAGAUCUGGGGAAGGUUGCCAAAACAUUUCUGCAGCAUUGAAGGUCCCCAAAAACACAGUGGCCUCCAUCAUUCAUAAAUGGAAGAAGUUUGAAAACCACCAAGACUCGUCCUAGAGCUGGCCGCCCGGCCAAACUGAGCAAUCAGGGGAGAAGGGCCUUGGCCAGGGAGGAACCCGAUGGUCACUCUGACAGAGCUCCAGAGUUCGUCUGUGGAGAUGGAAGAACCCUCCAGAAGGACAACCAUCUCUGCAGCACUCCACCAAUCAGGCCUUUAUGGUAGAGUGGCCAGAUGGAAGCCACUCCUCAGUAAAAGGCACAUGACAGCCCGCUUGGAGUUUGCCAAAAGGCACCUAAAGACUCUCAGAUCAUUAGAAAAAAUAUUAUCUGGUCUGAUGAAACCCAGAUUUAAUUAUUUGGCCUGAAUGUCAAGCAUCAUGUCUGGAGGAAACCUGGCACCAUCCCUACGGUGAAGCGUGGUGAUCGUAGCAUCAUGCUGUGGGGAUGUUUUUCAGGGGCAGGGACUGGGAUACUAGUCAGGAUUGAGGGAAAGAUGAACGGAGCAAAGUACAGAUGGAUCCUUGAUGAAAAUCUGCUCCAGAGCGCUCAGGACCUCAGACUGGGCCGAAGGUUCACCUUCCAACAGGACAACAACCUUAAGCACACAGCCAAGACAACGCAGGAGUUGAGGCUGUAAUCGCUGCCAAAGGUACUUCAACAAAGUACUGAGUAAAGGGUCUGAAUACUUAUGUAAAUGUGAUAUUUCCGUGUUAUUUUGUAUAAAUUUGCAAAAUUUCUUAAAACCUGUUUUUGCUUUGUCAUUGUGGUAUUGUGUGUAGAUGGAUCAGAAGAGAAAAUUAUAAUUUAUCCAUUUUAGAAUAAGGCUGUAACGUAACAAAAUGUGGAAAAAGUAAAGGAGUCUGGAUACUUUCCGAAUGCACUGUAUUUCUCGCACAGAAUAGAAUAGGACAACUUUUGUACUAUGGGAGAAUAGUAGAUUGUAGGGCUGUCCCGACCAUAAAACCACAAUUUUUUUUUGCAUGUAUUUUUCCAUAUGUUUUUUAACCUCUUAAGAAUUGGACACUUUUUUUUUCAAUUUUCGACUAAAAUGACAUCCAAAUAUAGCCAUUUGAAAGCACACACUUUGAAGUUUGUGGAAAUAUGAAAUUAAUGUAGAAGAAUGUAACACAUUAGAUCUGGUAAAAGAUAAUACAAACUAAAAAACAUGUGUUUUUUUUGUUCCAUCAUCUUUGAAAUGCAUUAGAAAGGCCACAAUAUAAUAUUGCAGUUUAGGUGCAAUUUAGAUUUUGGCCACUAGAUGGCAGCAGUUUGUGUGUAAAGUUUCAGAUUGAUCCAGUGAAGCAUUGCAAUACUGGACUAUUUUGUAUCAAGUUUGCCCAAAUGUGUCGAAUUGGUCAAUUGAUACAUUUUCAAGUACAUAACUAUAGAGAACAUACAACAAUUAUAUGGUAAUACAAAAUGUAAGUUUACACACUCCCAGGAAUGUCAUACAUGAUGGAUCAUUAGCUUAUACACUAACUUUCACACAUCUAGAUGGCCGGGUGGGGUGGGUGUGGAGCCAGAGAUAGCAGGGGUUCAAACUGUAGAACCCAGUUCCUACAUUUUGAAUAUAAAAAUUGAUUUUAUCAAACAAAACUAUGCUACAUUUUAUCUCUGGGACCCUUAGGAUGACAAAUCAGAGCAAGAUUACUGAAUGUAAGUACAUUAUUUACCUUCAGAGGUGAAUGUAUCAAACCAGUUGCCAUGAUAGUUUUUGUUGUUGUUGUGCACUCUCAAACAAUAGCAUGGUAUUUUUCACUGUAAUAGCUACUGUAAAUUGGACAGUGCUGUUAGAUGAACAAGAAUUUAAGCUUUCUGCCCAUAUAAGACAUGUCUAUGUCCUGGAAAGUUCGCUGUUACUUACAACAGUCAUGCUAAUCACGUUAGCGUUAAAUAAUUACGUAACCAAAAUAACAAACAUUGUAGGUUAGAAAUUAACGGUAAAUGUACUACUGGUGAUAUACACUACCAGUAAAAAGUUUGGACACACACUUUUUCUUUUAUUUUUUACUAUUUUUUACAUUGUAGAAUAAUAGUGAAGACUUCAAAACUAUGAAAUAACACAUAUGGAUUCAUGUAGUAAACAAGUGUUAAACAAAUCAAAAUAUAUAUUAUAUUUGAGAUUCUUCAAAUAGCCACCCUUUGUCUUGAUGACGGCUUUGCACACUCUUGGCAUUCUCUCAACCAGCUUCACCUGGAAUGCUUUUCCAACAGUCAUCUGACUCAUCCCAAACUAUCUGAAUUGGGUUGAGGUCGGGUGAUUGUGGAGGCCAGGUCAUCUGAUGCAGCACUCCAUCACUCUCCUUCUUGGUAAAAUAGCCCUUACACAGCCUGGAGUUGUGUUGGGUCAUUGUCCUGUUGAAAAACAAAUGAUAGUCCAACUAAGCCCAAACCAGAUGGGAUGGCGUAUCGCUGUAGAAUGAUGUGGUAGCCAUGCUGGUUAAGUGUGCCUUGAAUUCUAAAUAAAUAAGUGUCACCAGCAAAGCACCAUAACACCACCACCUCCAUGCUUUACGGUGGGAAAUACCCAUGCGGAGAUCAUUCGUCCACCCACACCUGCCUCACAAACACACGGCAGUUGGAACCAAAAAUCUCCAAUUUGAACUCCAGACCAAUUUCCACCGGUCUAAUGUCCAUUGCUCGUGUUUCUUGGCUCAAACAGGUCUCUUCUUCUUAUUGGUGUCAUUUAGUAGUGGUUUCUUUGCAGCAAUUUGACCAUGAAGGCCUGAUUCACACAGUACCCUCUGAACAGUUGAUGUUGAGAUGUGUCUGUUACUUGAACUCAGUGAAGCAUUUAUUUGGGCUGCAAUUUCUGAGGCUGGUAACUCUAUUGAACUUAUCCUCUGUAGCAGAGGUAACUCUGGUUCUUCGUUUCCUGUGGCGGUCCUCAUGAGAGCCAGUUUCAUCAUAGCACUUGAUGGUUUUUGCGACUGCACUUGAAGAAACUUUCAAAGUUCUUAAUUUUCCGUAUUGACUGACCUUCAUGUCUUAAAGUAAUGAUGGACUGUCGUUUCUCUUUGAUUAUUUGAGCUGUUCUUGCCAUAAUAAGGACUUGGUCUUUUACCAAAUAGGGCUAUCUACCUUUUCACAACACAACUGAUUGUCUCAAAUGCAUUAAGAAGGAAAUAAAUUCCACAAAUUAACUUUUAAGAAGGCACACCUGUUAAUUUAAAUGCAUUCCAGGUGACUACCUCAUGAAGCUGGUUGAGAGAAUGCCAAGAGUGUGCAAAGCUGUCAUCAAGGCGAAGGGUGGCUAUUUGAAGAAUCUCAAAUAUAAAAUAUAUUUUGAUUUUGUUUAACAAUUUUUUUUUACUACAUGAUUCCAUAUGUGUUAUUUCAUCGUUUUGUUGUCUUCACUAUUGUUCUACAAUGUAACAUAAAAAUAUAUAUAUAUAUAUCACUUGAAUGAGUAGGGGUGUCCAAACUUUUGACUGGUACUGUAUGUAAUGGGGAAUUGAUAUACACUAACAAUGAAACUCAAACAAUUCACACAAUGAAGUCAUAAAACAAUGAAGGCGCACAAAUUGGCGGGAGAGAGCGCAUUCUGUAGAGAGAAGUGCAUUGUGCAUCUGGGUGCAUGGUCAAUCCGACAUCUGCAUUGACCAUGCAGCAUUUACGGUGAUAUUGUCUCAGCGGAAGUCAGGGCAUUCAUUCUUCUUGCGCUUCACGGAGCAGUGCAGGGCGGUUGUCAAGGAAGUGAGUGAAUGUUUAUACAGGAUGUACCGCCACCACCUACCGUCAACCAAUCAUGUCAAUGCGGAGCUAUUCAGAGCCCUCCGCAUUGUUACAACAUUUGGGAGGUGCAUGGCGAUGCGGUACGUAGCUGGAUUUGGCCUCUGAAUGCCUCUGGAGGCUCCGCAAUUGCAUCACACCCUCCAUAUGGAGCGUCCGACCACAUUUUCGGAUCAAACAUAAAUUGGCUGUUAGUCUAGGCCUCCGCAAUGGAGUAGUUCACUGAGAUGGAGAGAUAGAUAGAUAUAUACAGUGAGGGGAAAAAAGUAUUUGAUCCCCUGCUGAUUUUGUACGUUUGCCCACUGACAAAGAAAUUAUCGGUCUAUAAUUUUAAUAGUAGGUUUAUUUGAACAGUGAGAGACAGAAUAACAACAACAAAAUCCAGAAAAACGCAUGUCAAAAAUGUUAUUUGUGUGUUUGUUACUGCUCGACUAAAACAAUUUUGGUCGACCAACAUCCUAACGACCAAACAAUCGACCAGUCGACUAAUUGGGGUCAGCCCAGAUUGACAUAGGCUAGUGCUUUUGCUGUUCGUUAGGCCUACUCAACUUGUUGGCUGACAAAAAGUAAAUGUGGACAGUUCUUCUAAUACCUUCAAUAUGCGCCUUGGAAUUGGAUAAGGACGCGCACAGUUUUGUCUGUCUUCACUUGUAGCCUGUGAGAAAGACCUGAUUUACGUGAAGGAGAGCCAUGUGAGUGAGUGGUGCUCACAGUCAUACAGUCAGUAGGGCAGCCCUUCCUCAUUGAGGCCUCAGCCAUGAACACACACAUGCCGGUUGAGGGACAAAGACCCAGGAACUAAUUAGCACACUAGCUAGGUUUCCAUCCAAUUUGGCAACAGAUUUUCAUGCAAAUAUUCUAAAAUCUGCAUAAAAACAGAGGUGCUAAAUACUGUGGGCAGGCAAACGUUUGACAUUCCCUACCGGUGUCUAAGCUUUAACACACUGCCUCACAGUUAAAGUGGUGACACACUGUCACGGGACAGGGGAGUCUCUAAGCAGCUGACGGUGAGAUGAGUGUGAAAAGAGGGGAGGAAUUGAGGAGAGAAGUGUGUGUGUGUGUUGGGGAGAGGGCUUAAAGAGACACUAUUUAUUCGAGGGAUUCCGAGGGCUGUGUGUGUGUGUAUAAUCCUGCCCCCCAUCAUGAUUAGCUGAGGAGCGCUGGGGGGGGCUGUCUGCGCCUCCUUAUCGCAGCCCAACACACACUCCCCUCUACCAAUGUGCCACCGCUUCAGCUUUCAUCUCUCUUUGAUUUCACAGCCCUUUACUGUGUGUCAACUUGUCAUGUCUGCUUUAACCUCAUCCUAAGACUCUGUCUCUAACGGUCUCGGCCUCUCUCUCUAUCUGUGAUUAUGUCCGUUUUAGCCCCAUGCUAGGUGUGUGUGCAGUGAUUUUCUUUGUGUGAAUCUUUCCGCAUGUUUGCUGUAGGUUUCUGAGCUCUGACAUUUGGUUAUGUUCUUCCCCACAGAUGUACGAUUGCUGCUCAACAAUGACAAUCUUCUCAGGGAAGGUGCAGCGCAGUAAGUCGACACUCUUUACUGUCAGUGACUCAUAGACUUGUGGUCAGUUGACGUCAUUAAAUCUGUCAAACUCUACUAAAUGGAAUGUACUAUUGACAACUGGGAAAUAGUCAUUGUUUCUCCAGGAAAUAAUUGACUAUUGGCACUGAUUUAAGCUUGUACCUGUUUCUGUUUGAUUCUGUAGUGCUUUUGCACAGUACAACGUGGACCAGUUUACUCCGGUGAAAGUAGAGCAAUAUGAAGAACAGGUAGGCUACAUCCAUUGUCUUAUGUCAGAUCGCAACUAUUUCGCCUGUCAGUUGAGAGACGAGCAUCGCGUGUGAAGCCAUCUGUCGGAAUACAAUGGUCUUCACCAUGUCCUCCAGAAAUACAGAGAAACAAGACAUGUUUUUGAACAGAUUUCACUGUAGUCAGCCCCUCUAGAACCAUACCCUAUGAUGCUAGUGACUACUGACCUGGUGUCAUUAGAAACAGACGGCUAUAGGGAUUAACGGCUCUGGUCAUUUGGACUAGAUGUAUGAAUGAGACCAGCCUUACGGAUGUGUAAGUGGAUGAACUGAAGAAUAUUAGCCUUGUCGCAUCGAAAGUUAUUGUAUUGUUGCUAUGUUUGCUAUACAAACAAUUCCUCGCCUUGUAUUUAGGUAGUAUUCCAGUUCAGUGUGAUUGUGUUGUUGCCUAGGUAACACAAUAAUACACUGAUAAAUCUUCUGGUUUAUACACACACUAGACUGAGUGUCAGGAAUAUAAGGAAUGGGUCACACAACUCAUAUACACUGAACAAAAGUAUAAACGCAACAUGCAACAAUUCCAAAGACUUUACUGAGUUACAGUUCAUAUAAGGAAAUCAGUUGAUUGAAAUCAAUUCAUUAGGCCCUAAUCUAUGGAUUUCACAUGACUGGGAAUACAGAUGUGCAUCUGUUGGUCACAGAUACCUUAAAAAAAAGUAGGGGCGUGGAUCAGAAAACCAGUCAGUAUCUGGUGUGACCACCAUUUGCCUCAUGCAGCGCAACACUUCUCCUUCACAUAGAGUUGAUCAGGCUGUUGAUUGUGGCCUGUGGAAUGUUGUCCCACUCCUCUUCAAUGGCUGUGCAAAGUUGCUGGAUAUUGGUGGGAACUGGAACAUGCUGUCGUACACGUCGAUCCAGAGCAUCCCAAACAUGCUCAAUGGGUGACAUGUCUGGUGAGUAUGCAGGCCAUGGAAACACUGGGACAUUUCCAGCUUCCAGGAAUUGUUUACAGAUCCUUGCGACAUGGGACUGUGCAUUAUCAUGCUGAAACAUGAGGUGAUGGCGGCAGAUGAAUUGCACUACAAUGGGCCUCCAGGAUCUCUUCACGGUAUCUCUGUGAAUUCAAAUUGCCGUCAAUAAAAAGCAAUUGUGUUCAUUGUCCGUAGCUUAAGGUUGCCCAUACCUUAACCCCUCCGCCACCAUGGGGCACUCUGUUCACAACGUUGACAUUGGCAAACCGCGCACCCACACAACACCAUCUGCCUGGUACAGUUGAAACCUGGAUUCAUACGUGAAGAGCACACUUCUCCAGCAUGCCAGUGGCCAUCGAAGGUGAGCAUUUGCCCACUGCAGUUCGGCGUCAUAGCUGACUUCAGUCAGGUCAAGACCCUGGUGAGGACGACGAGCACGCAGAUGGUUUCUGACAGAAAUCCUUCGGUUGUGCAAACCCAUAGUUUCAUCAGCUGUCCGGGUGGCUGGUCUCAGACGAUCCCGCAGGUGAAGAAGCUGGAUGUGGAGGUCCUGUGCUGGCGUGGUUACACGUGGCCUGCGGUUGUGAGGCCGGUUGGACGUACUGCCAAAUUCUCUAAAACAACGUUGGAGGCGGCUUAUGGUCGAGAAAUUAGAUGGCGUAGCAGUGCAGUCGUGUAUUCUGUAGUGUCCUUGUGUAAAUAGCCAGUUUUUUUGUAUUUUUCAUAUAUAUUUCUCAAUCUCAAUUUCCAUCGUUUAACUAAAUAUACUUUCCUGCAACCCGCCUCACCCAAUGUGGAACGGAUUCUAUUAUUUCUUUAUACCUUUUUAUCUAAAACCUCUGGCUGAAACUAGCCAGCUAACUAGCUACUUUCUGUCAACCACCGUUAGCGGUCUUCACCAUUGUCCGUGGCCUGCACUACCUACCAGCCAGCUCUAGCCUGGACAAUUAUCGGCCAGUCUGCACAGCGCGCUAUCGACCCAGAGCAUAUCGGAUUUUCUGCCAGAAUCACUGAAUCUCUGGACCUUAACACCGGAUCAUCACAACUAGCUAGCUGCAACCGUAUGGCUGUUGUUUUUGUUGGCUAAUCACCACUGUCCCGACGCAAGCACCAGUUAGCCUUGAGAUAGCCUCGAGCCAGGCCCAUCUCCCGGCUAUCUACCGCUCUGUCAACCGGACGGGACCUCCUAGUGUUGACACGGAGCCCCGCCGAUCCAUCACGACUGGUCUGCCGACGUAAUCGUCUGAUGUGGUUUCAACAGGCUUCCCGUUGCGACGACCACAAAGAUCCAUCUGCUAGCCCCGGCCCGCUAGCACACGCAAUCAACAGCUGUGCCUCCUGCUCGCCUGUGCCGUAGCAGCCACCAAACCGCUCCCGGACUCACCUAUUGCUGUUCACUGGACCUUAUGAUCACUCAGCUACACAGCUGAUGCCUGCUGGACUGUUCCUUUAUAUGGUACCCCAUCCUGUUUAUCUGUUUAGCCUCAGCCCAAACUUUCGUCGCCAUUACCAGCUGUUGUCUUAGCUCUCUCGAAUAACACCUGUGAUUGCUUUAUGCCUCUCUCCCAUGUCAAUAUGCCUUGCCUAUUGCUGUUUCGUUUAGUUCUUAUUGUACUAUUUCACUGUAGAGCCCCCAGUCCUGCUCAACCUGCCUCAGAUAGCUCCUUUGUCCCACCCCCCAUACACGCGGAGACCGGCUCAAUCGGUUUCUCUAGUGAUGCCAUCUCUUUCAUCGUUACCCAAUGCUUAGGUUUACCUCCACAGUACUCAUAUCCUUCCAUAUCCUUGUCUGUACAUAAUGCCCUGAAUCUAUUCUACAAUGCCUGGAAAUCUUCCCCUUUUAUUAUCUGUACCCAACUCACUAGAAGACCAGUUCUUAAAGCCUUUAGCCGUAUGCUUAUUCUAUUCCUCCUCUGUUCCUCUGGUGAUGUAGAGGUUAACCCAGGCCCUGGAGCCCCCUGUAUCACUCCUACUCCCCAGGCGCUAUCAUUUGUUGACUUCUGUAACCGUAAAAGCCUUGGUUUCUUGCACGUUAACAUCAGAAACCUCCUCCCUAAGUUUGAGUUAUUCACUUCGUUAGCACACUCUGCCAACCCUGAUGUUCUAGCAGUGUCUGAAUCCUGGCUUAAGAAGGCCACCAAAAAUUCAGAAAUGUCCAUCCCCAACAUACAACACUUUCCGUCUAGAUAGAACUGCCAAAGGGGGCGGAGUUGCAAUCUACUGUAGAGAGAGCCUGCAGAGCUCUAUCAUACUAUCUAGGUCUAUGCCCAAACAGUUUGAGCUUCUACUUCUAAAAAUCCACCUUUCCAGAAAUAAGUCUCUCACUGUUGCCGCUUGCUACAGACCCCCCUCAGCCCCCAGCUGUGCCCUGGACACCAUAUGUGAAUUGAUUGCCCCCCCAUCUGUCCUCAGAGGUCGUACUGCUUGGUGACCUAAACUGGGAUAUGCUUAACACCCGGCCGUCCUACAAUCUAAACUAGAUGCCCUCAAUCUCACACAAAUUAUCAAGGAACCUACCAGGUACAACCCUAAAUCCGUAAACAUGGGCACCCUCAUAGAUAUCAUCCUGACUAAUUUACCCUCUAAAUACACCUCCGCAGUCUUCAACCAGGAUCUCAGCGAUCACCUCCUCAUUGCCUGCGUCUGUAAUGGGUCCGCGGUCAAACGACCACCCCUCAUCACUGUCAAACGCUCCCUAAAACACUUUAGCGAGCAGGCCUUUCUAAUUGACCUGGCCCGGGUAUCCUGGAUGGAUAUUGACCUCAUUCCGUCAGUAGAGGAUGCCUGGUUGUUCUUUAAAAGUGCUUUCCUCUCAAUCUUAAAUGAGCAUGUCCCAUUCAAAAAAAUCUGAACUAAGAACAGAUAUAGCCCCUGGUUCACCCCAGACUUAACUGCCCUUGACCAGCACAAAAACAUCCUGUGGCGUACUGCAUUAGCAUCGAACAGCCCCCGCGAUAGGCAACUUUUCAGGGAAGUUGGGAACCAAUAUACAAAAUCAGUUAGGAAAGCAAAGGCUAGCUUUUUCAAACAGAAAUUUGCAUCCUGUAGCACUAACUCCACAAAGUUUUGGGAAACUGUAAAAUCCAUGGAGAAUAAGAGCAUCCCCCCCAGCUGCCCACUACACUGAGGCUAGGAAACACUGUCACCACCGAUAAAUGUACGAUAAAUUAACUCCUGAGUGGCGCAGUGGUCUAAGGCACUGCAUCGCAGUGCUAACUGUGCCACUAGAGAUCCUGGUUCGAAUCCAGGCUCUGUCGCAGCCGGCCGCGACCGGGAGACUCAUGGGCGGCGCACAAUUGGCCCAGCGUCGUCCAGGGUAGGGGAGGGAAUGGCCGGCAGGGAUGUAGCUCAGUUGAUAGAGCAUGGCGUUUGCAAUGCCAGGGUUGUGGGUUCGAUUCCCACGGGGGGCCAGUAUAAAAAAAUAUGUAUUCACUAACUGUAAGUCGCUCUGGAUAAGAGCAUCUGCUAAAUGACUAAAAUGUAAAUGUAAAUGUACGAUAAUCGAGAAUUUUAACAAGCAUUUUGCUACGGCUGACCAUGCUUUCCACCUGGCUACCCCUACCCCGGCCACCAGCUCUGCACCCUCCGCUGCAACUUGCCCAUGCCCCCCCCCCACACACAAUCUGGAGCCUUUCUUUCUAAAAUUAGCUGCCGAAAUUGUCGCAACCCCUAUUACUAGCCUGUUCAACCUCUCUUUCGUAUCGUCUGAGAUCCCCAGAGAUUGGAAAGCUGCCGCGGUCAUCCCCCUCUUCAAAGGGGGUGACACUCUAGAUUCAAACUGUUAGACCUAUAUCCAUCCUGCCCUGCCUUUCUAAAGUAUUUGAAAGCCAAGUUAACAAAUAGAUCACCGACCAUUUCGAAUCCCACCGUACCUUCUCCGCUAUGCAAUCUGGUUUCCGAGCUGGUCGUGGGUGCACCUCAGCCACGCUCAAGGUCCUAAACGAUAUUAUAACUGCUAUCGAUAAAAGACAGUAUUGUGCAGCCGUCUUCAUCGACCUGGCCAAGGCUUUCGACUCUGUCAAUCACCCCAUUCUUAUUGGCAGACUAAAUAGCCUUGGUUUCUCAAAUGACUGCCUUGCCUGGUUCACCAACUACUUCUCAGAAAGAGUUAAAUGUGUCAAAUCGGCGGGCCUGUUGUCUGGACCUAUGGCAGUCUCUAUGUGGGUGCCACAGGGUUCAAUUCUCGGGCCGACUCUAUUCUCUGUGUAUAUCAAUGAUGACGCUCUUGCUGCUGGUGACUCUCAGAUCCACCUCUACGCAGACAACACCAUUUUGUAUACAUCUGGCCCUUCAUUGGACACUGUGUUAACAAACCUCCAAACGAGCUUUAAUGCCAUACAACACUCCUUCCGUAGCCUCCAACUGCUCUUAAACGCUAGUAAAACUAAAUGCAAGCUCUUCAAUCGAACGCUGCUUGCACCCGCCUGCCCGACUAGAAUCACUACUCUCGGCGGAUCUGACUUAGAAUAUGUGGACAACUACAAAUACCUAGGGGUCUGGUUAGACCGUAAACUCUCCUUCCAGACUCACAUUAAGCAUCUCCAAUCCAAAGUUAAAUCUAGAAUCGGCUUCCUAUUUCGCAACAAAGCCUCCUUCACUCAUGCUGCCAAACAUGCCCUCGUAAAACUGACUAUCCUACCGAUCCUUGACUUCGGCGAUGUCAUUUACAAAAUAGCCUCCAACACUUUACACAGCAAAUUGGAUGUAGUCUAUCACAGUGCCAUCCGUUUUGUCACCAAAGCCCCAUAUACUACCCACCAUUGUGACCUGUACGCUCUCGUUGGCUGGCCCUCACUACAUAUUCGUUGCCAAACCCACUGGCUCCAGGUCAUCUAUAAAUCACUGCUAGGCAAAUCCCCGCCUUAACUUAGCUCAUUGGUCACCAUAGCAACACCCACCCAUAGUAUGUACUCCAGCAGGUAUAUCUCACUGGUCAUCCCCAAAGCCAACACUUCCUUUGGCCGCCAUUCCUUCUAGUUCUCUGCUGCCAAUGACUGGAACGAACUGCAAAAAUCUCUGAAGCUGAAGACUUCUCUCCCUCACUAACUUUAAGCAUCAGUUGUCAGAGCAGCUUACCGAUCACUGCACCUGUACACAGCCCAUCUGUAAUUAGCCCACCCAACUACCUCAUCCCCAUAUUGUUAUUUAUUUUGCUCAUUUACACCCCAGUAUCUCUAUUUGCACAUCAUCUUCUGCACAUCUAUCACUCCAGUGUUAAUACUAAAUUGUAAUUAUUUUGCACUAUGGCCUAUUUAUUGCCUUACCUCCAUAACUUACUACAUUUGCACACACUGUAUAUAGAUUUUGUUCAUCCCAUAUGUAACUGUGUUGUUUUUAUCACUCUGCUUUGCUUUAUCUUGGCCAGGUCGCAGUUGUAAAUGAGAACUUGUUCACAACUGGCUUACCUGGUUAAAUAAAGGUAAAAAAAAUAACAUUCAAUUCUCUGGCAACAGCUCUGGUGGAAAUUCCUGCAGUCAGCAAGUCAAUUGCCCGCUCCCUCAAAACUUGAGACGUCUGUGGUAGGGAUUAAUAUUUUCCCGAAAAUCUAUCAAGUUUCAAUACCGGGAAUAAUUCAUAUUCAUCCCGAGAGUCCCGGGAAAAUACCGCAAAAAUCGUAAGUGACCAUUUAAAGCGUUUAAAACCAAGAUAUUGCCAUCUUGGCUGCGACACUGUAAAGAUUUCACAGCAGGUGUAACUGAUAUUUAGUAAUGGUAGAGUAACGUUGAUCGCCAAUAUGUUGUGAAUUGCAAAACAGGCCGUUCAAAAUUCAGAGCGUUAUCAUGUUCCUCAAUUAAUUUGGCGCAUUUCAGCAGUAGGCCUAGGCUAUCUCGAUACAGAGCGCUUUCAGGAACCAAAGAGCGCACCCCAAGUAGGCCAUAGCGUUAUCAAAUCAUACAAACUUUGUAACGGCAGUCAAACAAAAGUCAAAUGACCAAAGUUGCUAAGCUUGCUAGAUAACCUCCAAUGAAUGAUAGAAUAUCUCCUAUUUGGCUAAAUUUAGUUGAUGAUUAUACAGAUGGCACAUCAGCUCAUGAAUAACAGGUAGAUAAAGAGAGGAAAUUAUUUUAAAUAUCAAGGUAUCUUAACGGGGACCAACUUUUUAAAUAAAUAAUAAUAUCCAUAUCUACUCUCAUACCGUUGGUUGAUCAGAUAUUCCCUACCGAAGCUCUCAUAUGGGCAGCAACACUAGACAGCGCAGAGAAGCGGGGGAAGUGUUAUAGCAGUAUUUUGACGUGCUUUGAUAAUGCAACCUAUGGAUUACAGAAUAAAGUUAGGAAUUUUAAUGCGAGACAGGAGUCAGGAUUUUGGGUUUCAGUGGGAUUGGGACGAUAGGAAAAUAGCCUGGGCUCUAUAUAAGGCUACUACGUGAGUCAAUAGAUAAAUAAUAGCCUACACUUGAUUUAGGCUACAUUAUUGCAUGCUAAAUGUUUCUGAUCAGUGAUAGAUGAGCAAAUUAAUAAGUGAGCUACCACUUCCACUUGUCCAGCCAGAGAUCAAUUAACCAAAUAUACAGACAGCGAUUCAGUAAAACUAAAUCACAUUGAUUGAUUGAUCAGACAAGUCACAGGCUUUUGUCCGUGAGUAGGACAGUCUAAGUGAGUGAUGAGCAAAAUCCACUUGUAUAACAUGCUAUAAAUGUUCUGAUCAGCUAAUAUAUGAGCAAACUAGAAUAAAGAUUAUCAUUAGCACUCACCUCAAUUUAGCUAACAUUUCCCCAGCCUAAUUGUUACCAAAAAUCCAAACGGCGAUCUGACAUUGAUUGAUUUAUCUAGAUGAGUCCCCCACGCUUGUCUCAAAGCAGCGCGAUGGCGCUGUCCCAAUCAAAAUGGUGCUGAAAUGAUAAUCUAGGUGACCACAUGCGACUAUUGCUUUAAAUUAGUAUAACGGUUGUAUAUGACUGGGAGUUUCAGUAUAAGCAAGAAUUGGAUACAUGCCUUCAAUUGCAUUAGCCAACUUUAUUCCAAUAUUUUCUUCAUUCAGUUUAUCAAUGGCUGUUUCCUCAUCUACUCAGUCCUCUGCCGAUCGUCUCCGCCGCGUUGUUCUCAACACCAGUUAAAAUCAAUAUAGCCUACUGUUUUCUAGAAAUCUGUUAUUCUUUUCAGGUUGAGGCUCAUUUAAUUUCUAUGAUGUUGGAACAGGCCUGGGGUCGGGCUUUAGUUCUGAUGAGAACUCUAAACUGCAUUCGGACUGGCAGUGUCAUUUAUGCGUGUGCUUUGAAUUUAUGCCGACUUUAUGUGAAGUAAAUGCACUAGGCUAAAGGCUUCCAUGUGACAACCUGUUUGGAUAAUGUGCUAUUUUCUUUUUUGCCAAUCUACUGCUGCACAUGUUGUGUAUUUUGUGGAAUUCCAUUAGAAAAUGUCAUUAAAACAUUUCGGGAAAUGUGGUCCUCUGUAGCUCAGCUGGUAGAGCACGGCGCUUGUAACGCCAAGGUAGUGGGUUCGAUCCCCGGGACCACCCAUACACAAAAAAAUGCAUGCACGCAUGACUGUAAGUCGCUUUGGAUAAAAGCGUCUGCUAAAUGGCAUAUUAUUAUAUUAUUAUAAGAGUGGUCCCGGGAUCCCGGUUACCCAUGUUAAUCCCUGUUGUGUAACAAAACUGCACAUUUUAGAGUGGCCUGUUAGUGUCUCCAGCACAAGGUGCACCUGUGUAAGGAUCAUGCUGUUUAAUCAGCUUCUUGAUAUGCCACACCUGUCAGGAGGAUGGAUUAUCUUGGCAAAGGAGAAAUGCUCACUAACAGGGAUGUAAACCAAUUUGUGCACACAAUCUGAGAGAAAUAAGCUUUUUGUGCGUAUGGAUCUUUUAUUUCAGCUCAUGAAACAUGGGACCAACCCUUUACAUGUUGCGUUUAUAUUUUUGUUCAGUGUAAUUCUUGUCCUAUUCUUAGACUACACAACAAUUUUCCCUCCCUCCCUCUCCAGGUCUUAAUCACAGAGCAUGGAGACCUGGGCAACGGCAGGGUCCUGGACCCUAAAAACAAGAUCUCCUUUAAGUUUGACCAUCUGAGGAAGGAGGCCAGCGACCCACAGCCACACAAUUUGGACGGAGCCAUGGAGGGCUGGAGGAGUGCUGUGGACGGUGCUGUCCGGGCCUACGUCAAGGAGCACUACCCCAACGGAGUCUGCACUGUACGUUUGGGCUGCAUAACACCUUUUUCUUGACUGAUCCUGCACUGUUGAAUUUGUCAUUUGAUCAUGUAGCUCAUAUUAUGUGAUAACCGAGUUCACUGAAAAUAUGUGUCGCUUCUCCCUUUUUAGAUUUACGGCAAAACCAUUGACGGACAUCAAACCAUCAUUGUGUGUAUCGAGUGCCAUCAGUUUCAACCAAAAAACUUCUGGUAUGUAUGGAUUUUUAGAAUCAAAGAUGCCGGAUUAAUGAAGUAUAUUUGUGGUUUAGGGUUCUAAUCAUUUACAGUGCAUUGGGAAAGUAUUCAGUCCCCUUGACUUUUUCCACAUUUUGUUACGUUACAGCCUUAUUCUAAAAUUGAUUAAAUACAUAAAAAUCCUCAUCAAUCUUCACACAAUACCCUAUAAUGACAAAACUGUUUUUUAGAUUUAUAAAAAUUAAAAAACAGAAAUACUUUAUUUACGUAAGGAUUCAGACCCUUUGCUAUGAGAUUUGCAAUUGAGCUCAGGUGCAUGCUGUUUCCAUUGAUCAUCCUUGAUGUUUCUACAACUUGAUUGGUGUCCACCUAUGGUAAAUUCAAUUGAUUGGACAUGAUUUGGAAAGUCACACAUGUGUAUAUAUAAGGUCCCACUGUUGACAGUGCAUGUCAGCGCAAAAACCAAGCCAGGAGGUCGAAGGAAUUGUCCCUAGAGCUCCGAGACAGGACUGUGUCGAGGCACAGAUCUGGGGAAGGUUACCAAAAAAUGUCUGCAGCAUUAAAGGUCCCCAAGAACACAGUGGCCUCCAUCAUUCUUAAAUGGAAGAAGUUUGGAACCACCAAGACUCUUUCUAGAGCUGACCGCCCGGCCAAACUGAGCAAUCGGGGGAGAAGGGCCUUGGUCAGGGAGGUGACCAAGAACCUGAUGGUCACUCUGACAGAGUUUUAGAGUUCCUCUGUGGAGAUGGUAGAACCUUCCAGAAGAACAACCAUCUCUGCAGCAUUCCACCAAUCAGGCCUUUAUGGUAGAGUGGCCAGACGGAAGCCACUCUUCAGUAAAAGGCACAUGACAGCCCGCUUGGAGUUUGCCAAAAGGCACCUAAAGACUCUCAGACCAUGAGAAACAAGAUUCUCUGGUCUAAUGAAACCAAGAUUGAACUCUUUGGCCUGAAAGCCAAGUGUCGCAUCUGUAGGAAACCUGGCACCAUCCCUACGGUAAAUCAUGGUGGUGGCAGCAUCUGUGGGGAUGUUUUUUUCAGCGGCAGGGACUGGGAGACUAGUCAGGAUUGAGGGGUAAGAUGAAUAUUGAGUAAAGGGUCUGAAUACUUAUGUAAAUGUCAUAUUUCCGUUUUUUUUAUGCAGUUGCAAAAAUCUCGACAAACCUGUUUUUGCUUUUCCAUUAUGGGGUAUUGUUUGUGUGUGUGUGUGUGUGUGUGUGUAUAUUGAGGGGGGGAAAGAAUGUAAUCCAUUUUCGAAUAAGGCUGUAUCGUAACAAAAUGUUGAAAAAGUCAAAGGGUCUGAAUACUUUCUGAAUGCCCUGUAAAUGGCUUCAAAAUCUCUCCAGGCAGAAUCAAAGUAUGUUUAGCCUGUGAACCUUCAAUUGUCUGGUUUACAUGCUAAACAGUGUUUAAACACUAUCUAAGCUUGCUUUGUUCGGUACUUAGCUAGCCACUGCCUGUUGGUUUAGAGAUCAGUGACCCCCCCCAUUACCUUGUUGAGCCAGCCAAGAUCAAAUUAAUUUAAUUGGAUAAGGGCUGUGGCAAUCUUCUUUGCGGGUGGGUUUUUACUGCACUUAAGGCUCCCUGAGUGUAAAGAUCUGAUUCCGCUUAGGAAAGGCUGUGUAGUGGAGGGAGAGGGAGACGACACUAAACUCAGACGCACUUUAUGUGAGCUUGUGGAUUUAAAUGUCUAGUCUUUUCUCUCUCUUUUUAAAGGAAUGGACGUUGGAGGUCAGAGUGGAAAUUCACCAUCGGCUCCUCCACUACUCAAGUGGCCGGAAUCAUGAAAAUCCAGGUGUGUGUGUGCAUGUGUGCGUAUUUAUACAGUGCCUUCAAAGUAUUCACACCCCUUUUAUUUUUUCCAUAUUUUGUUGUGUUAGAGGCUGAAUUUAAAAUUGAUUAAAUUGAGAUUUUGUGUCACUGGCCUACACCGGUGGCGGUCGGUGCCGUUUAAAGAUGAGGGAGGACAGUUUGAGUAUGGCCUUUUUUCUAUUACAGCUUAUUAGUUUACUGUCAUUCUUAUUCAAAUUCACCCAUCUCAAUGUGACAUCGAUAGGUUUAGGCUACUACAUGAAACUCACAUUUUCCCUAUACCCAUCAUGAGGUUGCUGCAACCUACGAAUGAAUGUUUACAACAAUGAGAUUUUUUUUCUCCAGAAAAUCACAUUGUAGGAUUUUUUAUGAAUUUAUUUGCAAAUUAUGGUGGAAAAUAAGUAUUUGGUCAAUAACAAAAGUUUCUCAAUACUUUGUUAUAUACCCUUUGUUGGCAAUGACACAGGUCAAACGUUUUCUGUAAGUCUUCACAAGGUUUUCACACACUGUUGCUGGUAUUUUGGCCCAUUCCUCCAUGCAGAUCUCCUCUAGAGCAGUGAUGUUUUGGGGCUGUCGCUGGGCAACACGGACUUUCAACUCCCUCCAAAGAUUUUCUAUGGGGGUUGAGAUCUGGAGACUGGCUAGGCCACUCCAGGACCUUGAAAUGCUUCUUACGAAGCCACUCCUUCGUUGCCCGGGCGGUGUGUUUGGGAUCAUUGUCAUGCUGAAAAACCCAGCCACGUUUCAUCUUCAAUGCCCUUGCUGAUGGAAGGAGGUUUUCACUCAAAAUCUCACGAUACAUGGCCCCAUUCAUUCUUUCCUUUACACGGAUCAGUCGUCCUGGUCCCUUUGCAGAAAAACAGCCCCAAAGCAUGAUGUUUCCACCCCCAUGCUUCACAGUAGGUAUGGUGUUCUUUGGAUGCAACUCAGCAUUCUUUGUCCUCCAAACACGACGAGUUGAGUUUUUACCAAAAAGUUUUAUUUUGGUUUCAUCUGACCAUAUGACAUUCUCCCAAUCCUCUUCUGGAUCAUCCAAAUGCACUCUAGCAAACUUCAGACGGGCCUGGACAUGUACUGGCUUAAGCAGGGGGACACGUCUGGCACUGCAGGAUUUGAGUCCCUGGCGGCGUAGUGUGUUACUGAUGGUAGGCUUUGUUACUUUGGUCCCAGCUCUCUGCGGGUCAUUCACUAGGUCCCCCCGUGUGGUUCUGGGAUUUUUGCUCACCAUUCUUGUGAUCACUUUGACCCCUCGGGGUGAGAUCUUGCAUGGAGCCCCAGAUCGAGGGAGAUUAUCAGUGGUCUUGUAUGUCUUCCAUUUCCUAAUAAUUGCUCCCUCAGUUGAUUUCUUCAAACCAAGCUGCUUACCUAUUGCAGAUUCAGUCUUCCCAGCCUGGUGCAGGUCUACAAUUUUGUUUCUGGUGUCCUUUGACAGCUCUUUGGUCUUGGCCAGAGUGGAGUUUGGAGUGUGACUGUUUGAGGUUGUGGACAGGUGUCCUUUAUACUGAUAACAAGUUCAAACAGGUGCCAUUAAUACAGGUAACGAGUGGAGGACAGAGGAGCCUCUUAAAGAAGAAGUUACAGGUCUGUGAGAGCCAGAAAUAUUGCUUGUUUGUAGGUGACCAAAUACUUAUUUUCCACCAUAAUUUGCAAAUAAAUUCAUUAAGCAUCCUACAAUGUGAUUUUCUGGAAAAAAAAAUCUCAAUUUGUCUGUCAUAGUUGUUGUGUACCUAUGAUGAAAAGUACAGGCCUCAUCUUUUUAAGUGGGAGAACUUGCACAAUUGGUGGCUGACAAUACUUUUUUUCCCCACUGUAGGUGCACAGGUCGAGAUAAAAAUUGGAGUAAUCAAAGUGACAGACAGUGACACAUUCAAUACCGCCUUGCACAUCUAGCUGAUCUAGGUUGUAAUCAUUCAUCCAACAGUUGGAUUAAUGAUUACGCUCUCUCACCUUUUCUUUUCGCUUGUGGGCUUCAGUGCACAAUACAACAGCUGUCUGUGACCAGGCGAAAAAACCUUCCAAGCAAAACCUUCAUACCAUAACCGCUAACCGCUACACACAGCCUACAUUGUUAUCACCAUAUUAGCCAACGUCAUAUUCAACAUAACUAGCUACUAGUACAAAUGCGUUUAAUAAACCCUCUACAAUCAGGCAGUAUAGUGUACAGCAAGCAGUUUAACAGUUACACCGAAGGGCCCAGUGGCAAUAAAUUAUUAAAACCAAAAGCUUACCUUGACUUGGAAGAGUUCCAGUGUUGGAUAGCCAUAGCCAGCUAGCUAACAUAGCAUCUCACUCUGUUAUUCUACAAUGUAGAAAAUAGUAAAAAUAAAGAAAAACCCUGGAAUGAGUAGGUGUGUCCAAACUUUUCACUGGUACUGUAGAUCAGAGCCCCCGAUUCCGCAGCGAGGCGAACAAUUUGCAGUUUGACUUCAGAACUGUGGAUUCGUACAAUCAUACACCGAGAUCCGUUCUGGAGAGGACCCUUACUGUGCGAAAUGUUUAUCAGUGGCAUGGAACCCAGGGUCUCCUGCCCAAACAGUUCAUAGAAAAGAGUGCUUAUGAAAGAAGUUGGGUUGCCCUUCCUCUUCCACACCAGUUUCAAGUCCUGUGACUCGCACAUUGAAUUUACAUCAAUGAUUUUCGAGUGAUUCUGUUAAAUGUUUUAUUAAAUUGAUUUCGCCUUCUAGCAUAGUUUGCGCUGUUUCCAGGUCAUGGAGUCGCCCCUCUGUCAAAUUUUCUGCUGUCUCCAAACUUUCCACUUUUAGUUGAGUAUGUAUCCACUUUAGAAGUGAGCAGAAGUCUGUUAGUUCAUAGUUAUUUGCUAAAAAAAAGCAAUGAGAAAGCUACCCGUUUCAUGCAUGCCACUGGAACCGGAAGGUAAUGGACUACAGUGGAAUAAUGUUUUGAUAAAUUAAUAAAAAAUGAAAAGCAGAAAUGUCUUGAAUCAAUAAAUAUUCAACCCCUUUGUUUUGGCAAGUCUAAAUAAGUUCAGGAGUAAAGCUUUGCUUAACAAGUCACAAUAUGUUGCAUGGACUCCCUCUGUGUGCAAUAAUAGUGUUUAACAUGAUUUUUGAAUGACUACUUCAUCUCUGUACCCUACACAUACAAUUAUCUCUAAGGUCCCUCAGUCGAGCAGUGAAUUUCAACCACAAAGACCAGGGAGGUUUUCCAAUGCCUCACAAAGAAGGGCACCUAUUGGUAAAUAUACAAAUAGCAGAUAUUGAUUAUCCCUUUUGAUUACACUUUGGAUGGUGUAUCAAUAUACCUAGUCACUACAAAGAUAGAGGCGUCGUUCCUAACUCAGUUACCUUAAAGGAAGGAAACCGCUCAGGGAUUUCACAAUGAGGCCAAUAGUGACAUUAAAACAGUAACAGUUAGAGUUUAAUGGCUGUGAUAGGAGAAAACUGAGGAUGGAUCAACAACAUUGUAGUUACUCGACAAUACUAACCUAAUUGACUGAGUGAAUAGGAAGCCUAUACAGCAGGGUUCCCCAACUGGCGGCCCGCAUGCCAAAUGGUUUUGUUUGUCUCCCCAAGUUUUCUGAGCAAAAAUAAGAAAAAGUAAUCAUAAUUUUGUUGGACAUAAGACUGUAAAAACACCAGGAAAUCAGUAUUCCUGCGCAUAAUAGAGAGACACAUGAUCAUAUACAAAUGUAAGCAAGGUUUGAAAUGAUUGCUUUAGUCUAAUAUUAUAACUGUUUGGGCUUCUUGCAGUCAAUUUACUAAUUAUUUGAAAUUAUGUUCCGCAUAAGAAGAAAUCGGCCCGCGGCUGAAUCUAGUUGAUGAUCCCUGCUGUACAGAAUAAAAAAUAUUCCAAAACAUGCAUCCUGUUUGCAACAUGGCACUAAAGUAAUGCUGCAAAAAAUGUGGCAAAGCAAUUUAACUUUUUGUCCUGAAUAUGUUUGGGGCAAGGACUAGGGAGUUUUUUGGGUAAAAAUAAAUGGAAUAGAGCUAAGCACAGGCAAAAUCCUAGAGGAAAACCUGGUUCAGUCUGCUUUCCAAUAGACACAGGGAGACAAAUUCACCUUUCAGCAGGACAAUAACCUAAAACACAAGGCCAAAUAUACACUGAAGUUGCUUACCAAUAUGACAUUGAAUGUUCCUGAGUGCCCUAGUUACAGUUUAGACUUAAAUUGACUUGAAAUCUAUGGCAAGACUUGAAAAUGUCUAACAAUGAUCAACAACCAAUUUGACAGCACUUGAAGAAUUUUAAUGUGCAAAUAUUGUACAUUCCAGGUGCGCAAAGCUCUUAGACUUACCCAGAAAGACUCACAGCUGUAAUCGCUGCCAAGGUUGAUUCUAACAUGUAUUUACUCAGGGGUGUGAAUAUUUAUGUAAGUGAGAGAUUUAUGUAUUUCAUUUUCUAUAAAUUAGCAAAAAUGUCUAAACAUGUUUUUACUUUGUCAUUAUGGGGUAUUGUGUGUGUGUGGAUGGUGAGGGGGAAACAAUUUAUUUGAUCCUUUUUGAUUGUAACUCAACAAUGUGGACUAAGUCGAGGGGUAUGAAUACUUUCUGAAGGCACUGUAUGUGUGUGUACACGUGGGCAUGGUUACAUUUAGCAUAAUUUAGUUCUAGACCAUCACACCGUACUCUCUGGUUGUAGGUUCAUUACUAUGAAGACGGCAACGUUCAGCUGGUCAGCCACAAAGAGGUCCAGGAAUCCAUGUCCAUUUCUGUGAGUGCAUCAUUAAAUAGAAUACAUGUGGAACAACCCCCCCCUGCUGUAAAGUAUUUGGGUUAGGUAUGCAUUUUUGAUGAUCAUUGGACAUCUCGUUUCACCUCCUGAUUUCCACUCUGUUACUCUCCACCAGAACGAAGCUGCAACUGCAAAGGAGUUCAUCAAGAUCAUGGAGGCUGCGGAGAACGAUUACCAGGUGUGUGGGAUUAGGAAUGGGAACUCUUUGAUUUGGGCACAUACAGGUAACUGCCAAAAUAAAGGAAACGCUAACAUAAAGUGUCUUAACAGGGCAUUGGACCACCACAAGCUAGAACAGCUUCAAUGCACCUUGGCAUAGAUUCUAGAAGUGUCUGGAAGUUUUGGAGGGAUGCGACAUCAUUCUUCCACGAGAAAUUCUAUAAUUUGGUGUUUUGUUGAAGGUGGUAGAAAACGCUGUCUCAGGCGCUGCUCCAGAAUCUUCCAUACGUGUUCAAUUGGGUUGAGAUCUGGUGACUGAGACGGCCAUGGCAUAUGGUUGACAUUGUUUUCAUGCUCAUCAAACCAUUCAGUGACCACUCGUGCCCUGUAGAUGGGGGCAUUGUCAUCCUAUGGGGCCGUAGCCAAAAAGUAUGGCCUGUCCAGUAUUUUGAUGUGACACUAAGCAUUAUGGGAUGUUAAUUGCUUAAGUAACUUUGGAACCACACCUGUGUGGAAGCACCUGCUUUCAAUAUACUUUGUAUCCCUCUUUUACUUGUGUUUCCAUUAUUUUGGCCAUUACCUGUACAUAUACAAAUUGCUGUAACAUCAAAUACAUGCAAUAAUGAAGCAUCAUAUUUUGCCACUAGUGUCACAUAACACACAUGACACAUGUCUGUCAGGCGUUGUUCAUAUUCUUGUGUAACGUCAAAACAUUAUCUGGAAACCAUUACCACAUGACACUGUUCCUGUCAAUUGUGGUUCCUAUUAGAGAUGGGCACGGUUAACGGAUUAAUUGAAUAUCCGAAUGGAUGUUAUUAUUCGAUUACUUGAGUGAGUGUUCAUUUUUUAAAUAUAUAUAUUUUUGGCCUAUUUUAACAAUGAAAAAGUUGUCUAAAUUUUUAAUUAUCCCUAUUACAUUGUUAACUACAACAAUAUACCAUGACAUUUGAAAUUCUUAAUUUAAUAAAACAACCAACUUUUGAGUGUAGUUUUUAUAACAGUGCGCAUUUAGCCCUCCAGUCUGCCCUGACAUUGGUGUGCUAUUUCCCCCACUUCAAAUAGCAAUUACAGGCACGCGCACCUAAAUGUUUCCACAAGACCUGACACAUCAAUACAAAACACUCAACAAUAACUUUUUUGUAUCAGUUCUAUCAUGGUGAAAAUCAGGCUUCUCUUUUACUGAGUAAGUUUACAUGCACACUAAUAAUUUGAUAUUAAACUGAUUAUGGCAUUAGGAAGAGUAUCGCAUUAGUCAUGUAAACACCUCACUCGGCUUAUCUUAAUCGGCAGAAGGUCAAUCAUAGUAAGCAUAGGCCGAUUUUAAUAAAACACCAGGUUUUCUGAGCAAUCUUUUGAAUUAUUAGGACAUGUAAACAGCUUCAUCGGAGUUCCAGCAGUGUAUUUGAUCUGUGCAUGUGCUAGCACCGGUAGCACAAGCCUCCCUCUUAUGUGCGAGUGAACUAAGUUUAGAAAAACUGAAGGUAUGUAUCUUAGAAAUAAUUGUCCGAACUCAGAAUCAAAUGGGCUUCCCAAAAAUAACAUGGUUGCUGUGGUAGAAUGUUUAUUUUAAUGUGCAUUUGCAUCAUUUUGAUUGGUCAAGAGAGUCAAGAGCAAUUCUCUAUCCGGAUAUCAUCGAAGAAAAUGAUAUUAUUCUAAAAGUAAAAUCAUUUCUGAAAUGCCUAUUGUGACACCCCAAAGCCCUUACUAAUUUCGCCGCCCUCUUUCCCGGUCAGACCGCCAUCAACGAGAAUUACCAGACCAUGUCGGACACUACCUUCAAAGCCUUACGCCGCCAGCUUCCCGUGACGCGCACCAAGAUCGACUGGAACAAGAUCCUGAGCUACAAGAUCGGCAAGGAGAUGCAGAACGCUUAA